AGGUGGAUGAGGAAGCUCCGCUCCGUCACCUGCCUCCCGGAGCGGUCUCCGGCUUUUCCUUUCAGCCGAGCGGCGGGGCCGCCUUCUCCGUGCCCAAGCCGCUGCUCUCUUCAGGCUCCGCCCACCCUUGGCGCCGGCAGCCGGCAAACUCGGGAGGCUGGAUCGAAGCUGCGGAGUCGGCUUCGCCGGCCGCGGGGGCGCAGGGCGCAGGCGCGAGCGGUCGGGCCCCGACGCGCGCGGCGCUCGGUUGAAGCGGGAGUGAGUUCCUGGGCUAGGCGACCCGGCGGCUGAGGGGACCGGGCGAGCGCGCGCCUCCUGUGUCCGCCAUGGCGGCUCUGCGCUACGCGGGCCUGGACGACACGGACAGCGAGGACGAGCUGCCCCCGGGCUGGGAGGAGAGAACCACCAAGGACGGCUGGGUGUACUAUGCCAACCACACUGAGGAGAAGACUCAAUGGGAGCAUCCGAAAACUGGAAAAAGAAAACGCGUAGCAGGAGAUUUGCCGUAUGGAUGGGAACAAGAAACCGAUGAGAACGGACAAGUGUUUUUUGUUGAUCAUAUAAAUAAAAGAACCACCUACUUGGACCCAAGACUGGCAUUCACUGUGGAUGAUAAUCCAACAAAGCCAACCGCCCGACAGAGAUAUGACGGCAGCACCACGGCCAUGGAAAUCCUCCAGGGCCGGGACUUCACUGGCAAGGUGGUCGUGGUAACUGGAGCUAAUUCAGGAAUAGGGUUUGAAACUGCCAAGUCUUUUGCCCUCCAUGGUGCACAUGUGAUCCUGGCCUGCAGGAAUAUGGCAAGAGCCAGCGAGGCGGUGUCACGCAUUUUAGAAGAAUGGGCAGAGUUACAGACAGAGAGAGUGAGAGAGAAAGAGGUCUUCCAUCUGCUGUUUCACUUUUCAAAUGGCUGCAAUAGUUGGAACUGCGCCAAUCCGAAGCCAGGAGCAGGAGCUUCUUCCGGGUCUCCCAUGCAGGUGCAGGGGCUCAAGCAUAAAGCCAAGGUAGAAGCAAUGACCCUGGACCUCGCUCUGCUCCGUAGCGUGCAGCAUUUUGCUGAAGCGUUCAAGGCCAAGAAUAUAUCUCUUCAUGUGCUUGUGUGCAACGCAGCAGCUUUUGCUCUGCCCUGGAGCCUCACAAAGGAUGGCCUGGAAACCACCUUCCAAGUGAAUCACCUGGGGCACUUCUACCUUGUCCAGCUGCUUCAAGAUGUUUUGUGCCGUUCGGCCCCUGCCCGCGUUGUUGUGGUGUCCUCUGAGUCUCAUCGGUUUACAGAUAUUAAUGAUUCCUCAGGAAAACUUGACUUUAGCCGCCUUUCUCCAUCAAAAAAUGACUAUUGGGCCAUGCUGGCGUACAACAGAUCCAAACUCUGCAACAUUCUGUUCUCCAAUGAGCUACACCGCCGCCUCUCCCCUCGAGGUGUCACGUCGAAUGCGGUGCAUCCUGGGAACAUGAUGUACUCCUCCAUCCAUCGCGGCUGGUGGGUGUACACACUGCUGUUCACCUUGGCACGGCCCUUCACCAAGUCUAUGGACUCAGCUGGAUCAUGACUUCUUCUGGAGGGAGUUCCCUGGCUGCCUGGACCCAGUUGAUUUUCCUCCUACACCCCUCAGAUAGCUGCGCCUCACUUUACGUCCCUAUCGUCAAGUUUCUCCUUAGUGCUUACUCCGUCUUUCUCUUCCUCUCGCUAGACUAUGAACUCCAUGAAGGCAGGGCUUUUAUUCUUCCUCGUUAUUGUCUAUCACCUUUGUCACCAGUGACUAGCCACUGGAGAGUCUUCACAAUGAAUGAAUGAUGAGGCAUGAUGAUUGUCUCUCCCUCACCAGACUGUCAUGUUUAUUUUUUGUAAAGUUUUAUUUAUUUGAGAGGCAAAGAGAGUCAGAGAGAGGUCUUCCCUCUGCUGGUUCACUCCCUAAAUGGCUGCAGCAGCCGGAGCUGUGCUGAUCUAAAGCCAGGAGCCCAGAGCCUCUUCCGGGUUUCCCACGUAGGUGCAAGGUCUAAGGACUUGGACCAUCUUCCACUGCUUUCCCAGGCCAUAGCAGAGAGCUGGAUCGGAAGUACAGCAGCUAGGACUCAAACUAGUGCCCAUAUAUGAUGCCGGCACUGCAGGCAGCAACUUAGCUGCUACAUCACAAUUCCGGCUCCCAAGCUGCCAUUUUCAUAAGGCCAGAGUCUCAUUUUGUUCACUGUUGUUGUGCAGGCAAGAAUUGCAGCAGCCUGACUUGCUUACAGACUUGGUUCUUGGCUACUGCCUGGGGGCGAGCAGGAGGAUUGUCGUGAUUCCCAGAACUGCCGAGGGGUUCACUCUGCCUAGACCGUACAAUGUGAUUCACAUCAAAUACCCCCUUUCGUUCUGAGAGGCCAGAGUUUCGGUGCGUGCUAAGCAGAGCUUGCCUAUGUGACCAGGCCCUGGUUCAACCCCGAGACACCAGGUAUGUGGUGAGCGUCCCUGGUAGUCACCAUUGCACCCGUGCUGUCAUGAUUCGUUGCUGGGCCAGUGAUCAAGGGCAUCCUGCACGACCCGGGAGAGAACUGUUGGAAGCUCGCACCUGGUUGCCUCACUUAAUGCUUUGUGCCUCUUCCCUGUUUUCCUCUUUGUAUCCAUAUGCUAUGAGAAGAGUGUGGCAGUUCUGUGAGUCCUCCUAGCAAAUCACCAGUCCUGGGGCUGAUGUUUCACAUGCCAGCCAGAGUUGUAUUCUUAGGUCCUAUUUGGGAUCAGAACUCAGGAAAAUGCUCAACAAACAUCGCCAGGAUGAAUGUGAGGACCAGGCUGCACACUAACCACCAUUUGGACAUGAAGCACUUGCCAGUCAUUGGCAUGUCACCCACCCCUCCCUAACCCAGGGGUCUUGGUAUGGAGCUCCUGGCGCCCGUGAGCCAGAUAUCAUUUGUGUGCAUAGUUGCUAAGGGAGAAACUGUGCUGCCACUGUGGCAGUGCCCAGAUCACACACCGGACUGAUGCUCAUCAGGAUAAUCCAACCAUGGCAAACUGCAGAGAAUGUAGGACAGAGGAUGUGGUGUUUCCUAUAAAGCUAAAUUAGGUUUAUUUAAAGGAUGGGCUUUUAUUUGGGGAUUAUUUCCAACAAGCGUUUUCACUGUUAAAAUAUUCUUUAUUUUAUAAAAUCAUGAUGAUUAAAGGUGGGCUGUAUUUGCGGUGUGUUAAUCUGCACUCCUGCCUUAUGUGUGCUUAUGGUUUUCAAACAUUCUAUGUUUUAUGCAAUGACACUGAUUGCAGCUGAUAGAUAUUUUAAAUCUCCUUACUUGGAAAAAUGAAAAAUACAGAACUGAUAACCUUAUUUGAGAUGUUCAGAUUUUUCUUUUUAAGCGUAUGAUUGGUCUGUGAAAUCCAGGGGCUGGAGAGUUAAUUUGCAGUCAGUUAAGUAGAUAGAAGCUUGGAGCCAAGAGUCAGAGAGACCUGGUGAGACUUCCGGUUCACUCAUUGUCAGUGACAACUCACAGCUAUUUCAUCAUUCUGAGCUGAGCUCUGUUCUUUGCCCAUCAGCGGGACUGCAAGUUUUCUCUCCCUAGGAUGUUCAAGAGGGCAGUGAGGAAUACAUGGUGUUAAUUCACUAAAGCAUUUAGCACAGUACUUGACACAUAACAGGUGGGCAUUCUCUCAUUGUUGGCGUCUGUAUAGGGCUGUUCUGCAACCUCUGUCCUUCAGUCCACUCUUAGGGGUUUUCUACUUCUUGGGCUGAAGGUGCUAUUUUUUGAAGGAUGGGAGUAGGUCACACAAGGGAGGGGAGAUGAGGGCCACGUAGAUAAAGCCUCUUGAAGCUCUCAGAACACCACUGAAAGACCUUGCUCGCUCUCUCACUGGCCAUAUUUUGACCUAAUCACCCUUCAGAAAAGUGUAAGGGAAAGGAAGAAACAUGUGGGAGGGAUCCAACAUGUGUUAUGCUCAUUUUACAGAUGAGGAAAGUAAGACUUACAGAGCACAGGUGCCUCCCAUGGGUCCCUUCGCUCAUCACAAACUGCAAAGGGAUCUGAACUCAGGGGUGCUUGGCGUCCAGAGGCUCAUUCUCCACUCGUUCCCCAGCCCUUUCCCUCUUCCAGGCGACGCAAAGGACUGCACAGCAUGCAGCUUUCGAACAAAAGCUUGGGCAUGGGACCUGAGCUGGGUCCUUCCCGUGUUUGCCAGGACACACAUGGUGACACAGGCUUCCUGACAAACGUGAGCACUGGCAGGUCCCCUGCCUCUCAUAAACAGGCUGCUGCCACGCCUGCAACAAGAAGGCAACUUAGGCUACCUCCUGUGUACUUCUGUGCUUUGCUGUGGAGUGUGAAGCUGAGCUGGCAGGCCUCUCUCUUCUCUACUUUAUGUAUGAUUCAUAAGGAGAGCCUCGGCAGGGCCUGGCGUGUGCCAUGCCACCCGGACCGUGCUGUCAAGUGCAGCCAGUGGGGGCUGGAAUGCGUUUCUCUCCCCACUCACAUGCAGGUCACCCAGUGGGGGCAGGAGAGGGAUCGUCCCGAGCAGGUUUCUAUUUCCUUUGCAGUUUCUCUUUGCUGAGAAGAGCCCUAGCUCUGCUGGCCAGAGGGUCAUGUGUGCUCUUAGUAGUCUGACCCUGCCGAGGCUGCAAGGAGGCAGCCACCAGACCAACUGACAGGCAGCCCUCGGGGUUCUGCCCUGGGCUGCACCUAUCCAGGAAUGCUCCUGAGCCCACAGAAGGCUCUGGCUAGAGACACAGCUGUUUCCUUCUGCACCACAGACCUUUUAUUUAUUUAUUUUUUCAGUUGAUGGCACAAGGGGGAGAAAAAUUUCUACCAUUAGAGAUUGACUUUUUGGGCCUUUGAGAUGCUUACUUUAAAAUAGAAGUGUCCAGGGAGCAGGCCUGCCAUCAGUAGUUGCCAGCUAUGAGCAUGCAGUGAGUUCAGUGUACAACAAAUAUCUUGGUUAAACUAGAUAUUAAAAUACUCAAAUUUGGAAAUGAUUUCUUCUACUUUUGUUUGUUUAUUUGAAAGGCAGGGAAUAGAGAGAUACACAGUCAGACAAACACGGAAGAUGUCCUUCCACUGAUUCACUCCCCAAGUAACAUGUACACCUGGGCCUUGGCUGGCAUGAAGCCAGGAGCCUGGAACUCUGUGUACGUCUGCUGCAUGGGUGACGGGGACCCACUUGAGCUGUCACAUCUGGCCUCUUGGGGUGCCAGUGAUCCAGAACCUGGACUCAGGAAAGGAGCCAAGAAUUGAACCCAGACACUCUGGUAUGAUAUGCAGGUGUCUAAAGAUGCAUCUUAGCCACUGCACUGAACACCCACCCCUGCCUAUUUAAGGUUUAUUUAUUUGAAAGUCAGAGUAACACAGAGAAAGAGGGAAGGCAGAGAGAGAGAGAGAGAGAGAGGAAGGGAGGGAAGGAGGGAGAGGUCUUCCAUUUACUGGUUCACUCCCCAGUUGGCCGCAAUGGCCGGAGAUGUGCCGAUCUGAAACCAGGAGCUUCUUCCAGGUCUCCCAUGAGGGCACAGGGGCCCAAGGACCUGGGCCAUCUUCUACUGCUUUCCCAGGCCCCAGCAGAGAGCUAUACUGGAAGUGGAGCAGCUGGGUCUCAAACCAGUGCCCAUAUGGGAUGCUGGCGCUUCAGGCCACGGCGUUAGCCCUGCUGUGCCACAGGCCCCCCCCCCCCCACUUGUUUUUAAAAAAUCUUUGUAGGGGCUGCUGCUGUGACAUAGAAGGUAAAGCCACUGCCUGCAGUGCCAGCAUCCCAUAUGGGCCCCAGUUUGAGUCCUGGCUGCUCUAUUUCUGAUACAGCUCUCUACUAUGGCUUAGGAAAGCAGUAGAAGAUGGCCAUGUUCUUGGGCCCCUGCAACCAUGUGGGAGACCUAGAAGAAGCUCGUGGCUUCAGAUCAGCCCAGCUCUGGUCAUUACAGCCACUUGGAAAGCGGACCAGCAGAUAAAGGACCUCUCUCUCUCUCUCUCUCUCUAACUCUGCCUUUCAAAUAAAUAAAUAAAUCUUUUAAAAAAAUCUCUCUAAUAACUUGUUUAAGUACCACUCCUCCAUGUACCACAAAUCCUGCUUGAUUAGGAGAGCACAUGGAGGUGUUAAAAGGUCUAGGGACAUCAUAAGGCUGAGAGCCCCCACUUACAAACACCAUCCACAGAGAACAAGGCUGAGGGGCAGUAGUGCGGAGGUCCAGCGCUGGACUGGAAUGUACAGUGUGUGCCUGUGUGCAGGUGGGAUUGAGAAACGUGCUGAACUGGCAGAGGUGGGCAGGGGAGGAGCCAAGGGCAGGAGACAGCCUAGGAAGUUGGUUGUGUAAAGCUUCCACGGCGUGCCAGCCUCAGGCUCGGGGUUCCAUCUGAGAAGGCCCAGAUACUCCUGUGGCAUCCUGCAGUACACAUUUCCCCACCUGGUAGAUGGGUGACAUCCAGUGUCACCGUACUCAGAAGUGACAUUUCAAACCUAAACCUAUAUGAUGCCAGAACUGGAGCUCUUCCCACUGCACAUCUGCAGUUGAGUGCUGUCUGACUCAGAAUCUGCUGCAGUCUGGUUCUGAGCUACUGGAAUUAAGUGUGUGUGCAACACUUGCAUUCUGAAGCUCAAGUGUUUUGCCUAUUGGACCGGUGCCUGGCUGUGCUUUUGUGCUUUUGAUCUAUUGCUCAAGAAGCCUGCAGAAGGAUGCCAAGUGGACCUGGAUCUUGACCAUGUCCUUUGAAACUGAACCUCUGCAGUAGCUUAUGUAGGAGGAGUGGCAGAAACCCUAAUGUGUUCUCCUUGAGCAGUGCUCAGCGUUUAGCUGGCACCUGAGACAUCAUCCACGUCCUCCCCAUCCACAAGCACCCACUUCUUCAUCCCCGUGAAGCACACCGGUUACCCAUCCAGGCUGGAUGGGUCCAGGCUGGAAAAACAGUGCGUGGACAGUAUGCCCCAAAUCGGAAGCUGGCCUUUCCAUGCCAGCGUCAGUGGUGGCCACUUCAUGAGGAAAAGAUACUUUGGAAACCAGGUCACCGAGGAAACUGCCUCUCACCGUACGGAGCCUGGGAAGUAAGAGGAAGCUGCUGCCUAAUUGCAUUGGUAAUAGAAUUCCGUAACUCAUUCUGCCAGCACGAAGGUGCAGGGCCAUCCCCAUCCUUGCCACCACACGUUGCCUGUGUUUUCCUAGGAGAGACAUCUGCACUCCAGUAGUGAUUAAAGUGCCUCAGAAAGGCCCUUGCUAUUAAGAGUUUGUGGUUUCAACUUAAUAAAAGGUAGUACAUUAAAAUGGAAUCCGUGUCAUUAUUGAUAACGACAGACUGUGCUGUGGGCCAGGUGAAGCUUCUGGAUACCCCAGCAAUGCAAGGACAGGCGCUGGAAGCUACUGAGAAACUACUGUGUGUCAGUUUCUCUGCUUGACACCUGAGAGCUGUGCGGACAUCUCAUGCCUUUGAAUACAUCCAGCCGAACCUCUCUGAUAUAUUAAUAUAUUUAAUCAUCAGACUUUCAGUGUAAAGAUUACAAAGGAGGCAGCCAGUGGCUGGGGAAUCGUUGCUGCAGUCUUCUGAAUCAACUGCUACUGACUUAAUGAGGUUGUGCUAUUCAUUAUUAUUAUUAUUGUUCCUGAUAAAGAAAACAGAGUGGCUGCCCUCCUCACCCACCACCCUCAGUCCUUUUGCUUACUGGCAAUGACAGUCUUUUCUCUUGCUCCAUGGGAACUUUUAAAAUUUUAACAAAUGGACUCAUUUUGACCUCGAGCUUCUAGAAUUCUCAGAUGGCCUGAAAGACAAGUGCUCAGCUACCUAGGUAUGUGGACUAAAACAACUAAAACAGAUGGCUUAGUGAGGAAAGUAAAACUGGGUGACAUCUCCCCACCUACUCCUGAGCCAUGCGUUCGUUUUUGGAAGCUGAUCAAGGACUCAAGCUCCAGAUCAUUUAGCCACUCCAGAUAAUUUCUGUCUGGUGCCAGCUUGAGCCAGAUCAUUUCAAGGAUCCAUCAGAGUAAUCUGAGGACCUGUGCUUUGGAUAAAAUACCUGAUCUGCCCAUAGAGGUUGGUGUGGCUCAGACAUCUUCCUUUUGUCCACUUCUAGACAGAUGCAUGUUCCCAUUUGAGACAGGCUAGUGGUUCAGGCUACACAGCCUUGCAUAUCCACAGCACACCAAGGAAUCUGAACCAAAACGCACAGGUAACCAAAGAGCACACAGGGAGUGCCCGUCACACUUCCUGAACUCUUCCUCAUGUUCUCAGUGACACAGGGUCACAGGUGCUCCUGCCCAUGCUUGGAGAAGAUGCUCAGGAAGGUACGUAACAGCUGGUCCACAGUCACUUCCUCACCUCCUCAGCAGGGGCGCACUUGGUGCUUAGAAUCAGGUCGUCUUUGCACCAUGCUCGCCCAGUCCCCACCCUCAUUCUCCGAGCAAGAAGCAAAAGAAGGGGCUGGAGAGGUGGUUUUACUCACUGCUCUCAGGUAGACACAAUAGAAUUAAGCGCCUCAUAGAUGCUCAAGGCCUGCUGUUUGAAAGAAAUUUAAGCAACUUCGAGGGGUGAGGUAUCCAGGUGGAGCCACAUGUGGGUGACCUGUGAUAUAGGCCACAGGUCUGCUGCACUGUGUGUGCCCCCUUUCCCUCCUUUAAGGCCCCUUUCUUGGGUGACAGCAUCCAGGACACACCUCCCUGAAUGGGAGUUUACCUCCCUGAGGGGCCUGCUCCUCCUCUGAGUUGGGGGGUAAGAGAGGACCCCCAUUACCAGGUUGUCCCAGGGGGACAGGGGUGAGUUGGUGCCUGCUCACCUAUCUCUGUGCAGUGCUUGGUCUCCGCCCUGGGCCGGGUGCUGAGUGACGCAGUCCCGCCCCGGGUCUGCACAGCUCUUCCCCGCAGGCCGCGGAGCUCUGCUUUCCUCCUGCAGCCACUCAGUCCUCUGCCACAUGGCUGUUUUAAAAAGAGGCAGGCGCUGUAAGUACUCCCAUUUGGCAGAGAAGCCAGCCAAGGCCUGGUGGGGUGGGGUGGCCAGGGGCAGAAACAGAAUCUGAACCCUAGAGAUGGGCCGGGGACAUCUGUGUGCCUCUCUCAAACCUGUCUGCACCAUGCCUUUGCUCUUGUCACUCGCAGACGCUUCCUCCCCCGCUGCCAGGGGUGUUUCUCUUCUCCAUCCACCACUUCUGCCUCCACCUUUUUUCCCCUGUGCAGGCAGCAUCUGAAAGGCCCAGCCUGUUGGCCUUGUGCUCUGAUAAGAUCUGUCUGUGCUCCCUUUGUCUGCCCUGUACCUGCCUUCUCUGAAUGGCCCUGUUAAUUGCAAUUGACUCUCAUAGAAGGUGGAUAGCAGUGCCACUUGACACCAGACGGAUGCUCUGACUUUCCUACGCUGCCCCCAGCAGCAGGCUGGAGAGGCGGGGGGGGCAGGGUUAGCGGCAAGAUAGAGCACUUCUGAUGCCAAUAAAACAUUAGAACCUGCGGCUUGUCUGUUUGGCAAGUCUCUAUCUCUCUCUCUGUCAGGAGGAGAUGUCAUCAUUUCUAGAGAUUCUCAGUAAAAUCAGGAAUCAUUAGGAAAUUCCAUAGCUGUGGCUCCUAUGAAGACACAGUGUUUUUCCUUCCGUUUCCAAACUUGAGUUCUAAGUGCCACAGGGCGUGGCUUGGCUGGGCUUCAUGAGGCUGAAGUCUCCUCCACAUCUGAUGACAACUAGGGUGGCAUCUGAUGGGUAUCUGAUGACAACAAGGGUGGCGGGGACCUUGGAGGAAGACAUUGGGGGUCAUCGUCUGUUUGCUUUUUAAAUUGGGCUUGCUCGGACAGGUACUUGGCACAGUAUUUGCAAUCUUAGUGGAGAUGCUUUCACCCCAUAUUGGAAUGCCUGGGUUUAGAUCCUGCCUCUGCUUCUGAUCCAGCUUCUUGCUGACAUGUACCCUAGGAGGCAGCAGGGGAUGGCUUAAUUACUUGGAUUUUUGCCACUCACAUUGGAGACCCAAAUGGGUUUCCCAGCUCCUAGCUUUUACCUGGCUCAGCCAUGUCUAUUGAGGGCAUUUGGGGAGUGAACCAGAGAAUCAAAGAUUUGUCUCUGUCUUCCCACUGUUGUGCCUGUAACAUAAACAGAAAUAAAUAGAUGAAACAUAAAUAAACAUAAAUAAAUAAAAUACAUAAACCUGCGACUGUCUGGACAGGAGAAUGACACAGCAAAGCUGGCUUGCUUUCAGUGAGGAACUCGAGCUAAAAAGACAAAGUAUUAAUAUUGAGAAAAGUGGAUCUUAACGAGUCUAAGGAGGAAGGUAGAAAAGCACCUCUGAUGUUUAAAAUGUGUGCUCCUCACUCAAGUAGUAAAUGUCUGGUUUUAGUGCCUACAGAGUUUUUUUUUUUUUUUUUUAAUCAUUGAAGGAAGGCUUCAUAUAAAAGUCCAGAAGUCUGACUUCCCUUGAAAUUUUGCAUCACCACCAAGUCCGUAGCACUGGGCUAGAGUUCUAACAUCCAGAACUAGCAGGCAGGCGCAGGACAAGACCAGGGCUGUCCCCUGAGACAGUGGGCUGCACAACUCCUCUGAGCCGAGCAUCCAUUUUCUCACCUGUGAAAUGGAGCUGUCGGGUGGGAUACACUGGAGAGGGCUGAGUCCUUUUGUAGCUGCUCAGAAAAAGACCAGAGUCUGCGUUUAAUUUGUAACCUCCCCUGCACCCCUCUGCCCAGUGCAAGCCGCAUGUGCACACACACACACACACACACACAGCACAGCGGUAAAAUGCAUGAAAUAUAGGAAUCCCAGAAAGGGUUGGGGGGCGGGGGAGGUGGGCGGUUGUGAACAGGUUCUUGCUCCCCAAACCAUCCUUUUCCUUGGAUUUCUGAGUAACUCCUGUGGAGAACAAAGCCUUGCGCACUGUGAGGAUUUUUUUUUUUUUUGCAGGUCUAAGUUUUCCUCCAAAGGUUUGCCUACCAGGAACAGGCUGAGGAGCCCCCCCCCGCACGUUCAGAACUGAAUGCAAAUAUGACAAUAGCACCCAUCCGGGGUAGGAAAAGGCCCAUUUUUAAUUAGAAGCCUGGAAAGGACACCCCCUUUAAUUGCUGUGCUUGUAGUGUCGGGACUAUCAAUAUCAGAGGCUCUUUCAUUAAUAAACUGGCAAGUCAGAAAGCCGCAGGAGCAGGAGCCCCUCCCCCAGCCCUCGCCUACCACAAGCUCUACUUAAUCAAAGGCAGGCUCAAUCAAACAGGGAAAGAGCAUGUAAAUCAGCCGCAUGCGUUCCGUUGGCCCCACACAGGUGGAAUGCAGGCAGACAUGAAAGGGGGCCUUCAUCCCCUCCCCGCAGACGUCCGGGCUGGCAGUGAACCCAAGCAAGAGGUAGUUAAACGGCCCCGCAGAUUGUGAGCGACUCAGGGAAUGCCUGGGUUUAUGUAUGGAUUAACACAGUGAUAGACCCUGAGUAGCAAAAGACGAAGACUAAUUACCUGACAGAGCUCCCCUCCACUCGCCUGGGUCAUUGAAAUUAAUUUCUGCUUUCAGGCUUGGCAGAAAGCAGCUGCAGAAUCUCAGUUCAAUACUCAAAUUAACGGGGAGCCGAAAUUAUUUCUCUGCACAGGCGGUGUUAGAGCGGUGGGUUACGCGAUAGGUCUUGAUCGCAGACACCAGAGAAAGGAUUACUCCUCCCUUUUCAUCAAGACUCUUAAGUCCUUGGAAAGUGCAAAGGAGUGGUGGAGGGGCGAGGAAAAACAACAGCCGUUUACUGGAGAGUUCACAGUUAAUUCCCUAGUAAAUCGGGCAUGGCAUACCAUGUAGGAGACCUGCUACUCUCGGAAUAAUUGACAAUUUCUCUCCGCUUAACCAGAAAGAAAAAUGCAUUAAAUAUGUGGUCUUUUUAUGAACCCCUGAAUCAAAAGUCCUGAUUAAGAGACAAUUUGUGGAUAUCUAUUCUGCAGUAUCUCCUGUUGUCAAGAAGGGAGUGACCUCUUUCAAGGUUAAGGAAAUGGGUGGGGAAGAAGAAAGAGCUGUGGAGGGUUGAGGGAGGGGAUAGGAGUCAGGCGUGGGAUUUGAACCCAGGGCUUCUAUCUCUGAGUUUAGCUUUGUGUCCCUUCAUGUUGACUCUCUUAGGUGCUCAAAUCCCCUCUAAUUGUUCCUUCCUCUUUGACCUCAGUCAAUCUGUUGAUUUGUUGAGCCCCAUUAUGUGUGUGGCUGGUUCCACUCAGUGCUGCUCAGACCCACGGUUCUCACCCUCUUUGUAUCCAGGAUGCCCCCACCACCAGGAUACGCUAAGUCCCCACGUCCAUGCAGCUCCCGCCUCGGCCAGUGAUUGCUGUGUUUCUGCUGACCUCUGAGUCCACACUCAAGAUGCCCCCACAGAGGCGCACUCAGCACAGACGAAGGAAAAUCACCUCUUUCCCAGACUUUUAGCAUUGGGUAGAACCAAAUUUUGGAAUCCUGUUCUCUGGGUUCACACUAUGACACCUGUGCUUGCAGGUGUGAAGACCCUGGGAUUUUCUCUUGUCAUCGUCCCCAGUACCUGAUACAUGAUGGAUCUGAUUGAAUCAGUUACUGGAGGUGAAAGACUUAAAAAGUCAGUGUCAGUGCUACUGUUAGCCAUGCCACUGUUAACUGGAGCCCAGUAACCCCAGGGGUAGUCUUCUUCAUGUGUGCCUAAAAUCACAGAGAAGCUCCGGUGCAGUGCAGCCAUCCAGACCAAGAAGACCCAAACCUAGUGACACUUAAAAUGGUCAUGGUACUACUUGCCACUUUAAUGUCCAAGAAGUCAAAGGAAGCCACACGUUCUUAGAAAAGACCAAUAGUCAUCAUUGAACAAAUAUGUGCAUUUGAUAUUAGGAACACAAGGGUACUUCAAAAAGUUCAUGGAAAAUGGAUUUAAGAGAUAUUUAUUUUGGUAGAAAAUACUUUGAAAUCUGGAAAAAAUGAAGAGUCUGUGGGAAUUUCAUAGAAAAUAGAUCCUAAAGAAAAACUUGGCAUAAAAAUAAAAAAGUGUUUCGGACCAACAUCAACUUACCUUUCAGUUUCAUUUUCUGUCAGCUUUUUGAAUUGCUCUUGUAUUCACCUAACAAGAGAAAAUCAGCCUUGACAAGGACUUAUAAAUCAUGACACUGAGACUGCAGGAGGAUGUGUGACCGGCUAGUUGAAGGCAGUACCAGGACUCGAACCCCUGUCUUUGUUUCUAAGCCCACAAGGUGUGCUGCCGAGUCACCCAUGAGUAGCAAUUAGGCCCUUUCUAACAUGUCCAGCUUUAAACCUGUGACCUCGAGGCAAAUGACUUCCACAUCUCAUUACCACUCCCCUGAGCCACCCAGCCUCCAGUCGGAUGAGGAGGUUAAUCAGCCACGCACUGAAUCUGCUUAUAAGGCUGUUUCCUGUACGAUUUUUAUAUCUUGGCUCCUAAUAAUGGUCCCAUUAUAAAUGAUUGUCUCACUAUGAUAUACUGGUUCCUUGCCUUCUAGGAACUGAUUUAAAAGGAAGCUCUGGACUUCUUGUGCCUGUAGAGUUUAUUCAUAUUGCUUUUUGCUUGCUCAGCAGCUCAAGUGGUAUGGAGGACAGCUCCCCUCCAAAAAAAAAAAAAAUAUUUUCUUCCCAGCAUGAGACAGUUGCCAUAAUUAGUAACCUCCAGUUCACUUGAUGUCUUGAUAAUCUUUAAGGGCAAAAAUCAUGGCUCCUCCCAUUCCCCUCCCCAGCCCCAAGCUUCUGAUCAGGCAGGUAGUACAGUUGGGGCAAUGCUCACCCCUGGGUGUGUCACCUUCCUCCUCUAUGCAACUAAAACAUUUCCAUCAUUUCUAGGAUGAUUUAGGAGAGCAGGUCAUGGGUGUGUAGAGCAUAAGGCAGUGUAUUCCCAACCAAAAACCCGAGUGUGUUUAUUCAGCAAGUGUUUAUUUAGUCCCUACAAUAUACUGCCAAGUACGACAGGACAGAAUACAUGAGAAUAGGACACAUCCAGAAAAUCUGGAAUGCAUGUUAGGAAUAUAGAUAAGAAAUAUAAAGGAAAAUUGCACUUGGUGGAAUCCUUUAUGCUAGUUAUGAAUAUAUGGAUGAGUUUUGGUCUGAUUCCUCCAUGAGUAUAAAAUAAAGGAAGAACUCUACCCGUCUCUGCCUUUCAAAUAAAAUGAAAAUACGUAAGAGAAAUAAAUACAAUCAAGGAAACCAUUAUAGAGUGCUUUGAUUCCUGCAAAGUUAAAAGGAACAGUUGAAGUUCUUUAAAUUCUUCAAACCUCAAGCAAUAUCCAUUCCAGGCCCAGUGCCAUGCUUGCUGCUGUUAGAACACAUCAAGCUAUUGCCUACUCCGGGGUCUUGCAUAUGUGGUUUCCUCUCCUUCUAUCGUCAUCUUCAGACCCUGGUGGAGCUGCCUCCUCCUUUCCUGUUUGCUCUCAGUGUCAGUGCCCCCUCCCCUAAAGAGCUCAUCUUGACUGUCUAAAUUAGUUUCCUUUUGCUCCUGGAACAUGCCCAUGGCUUCUAAACAUGAAUAAGUUCCUUUUACUCUUCUGGAGGCCAGAAUUCCAAAUGGAUCUGUCUCCCUGAGCUGCAAUUAGGGUAUUGGCAGGGCUAUGUUGAUUCUGGAUGCCGAGGGGAGAAUCUCUUCCCCUUGACUUUUCUAUCUCCUACAGGCCACCUGCCUUCCUUGACCCCUGCCUUCCAUCUUAAAAGCCAUCCCUCUUUGAGUCUGCCCCUCCUGUCUCAUUUUUCCAUCUGUCUUAGGACCUUUGUGAUUCCAUGGUGCAUGCUUGGGAAGUUGAGUGUAGUGUCCCUGUCUCAAGAACUCUCACAUCAUGCUGCCAAGUUCCCAUGGUCAUGCCAUGUCACUGAGUGCCAGCUUUCAGGAUUGGGGACAUGGAAAUGAUUUGGUGCCAUUGUCCUACUUAUUGUGCUGCGUCAUCCAGAGGAAGGGAUGACCCCACAUUCUCCCUCUCAGCCCUCCCUUCCUUCACCUUGUUAAGCCCAUCUCAACUUAGGUACUUUAUAUUUUAUUUUGGAAGUGGUAGGUUUUGUCUGCUUCUGGAACAAGAAAUGAGCUCUCUGAAGGCGUGAGACCAUGCCCAGUAUCUUCUUCCUUUUAUCUCUACACAGCUCAAGCUCACUCUGUCAGUCAGGUUGUCUUCGUUGUAGAGGAAAGAAAUCUCAAUUCACUGAAGUGGAAAAGAUGGUGAGGACAAGGGCGACAUUGCCUUGUAAGUGAAAGCUCUUGGGUGUAACAGGCUCAUGCUUGGCUGGACCCCGGUGUACUGAAGAUGGCAUUGACUGUGGACCCCCUUUCCUUGAUGAUAGCAAAGCCAUGAAACCUUAAAGUCACAAUCUGGAGCUGACUAUCCUUGGUCCAAUUGGCCUGCACCCCCAAAUCUACCUUUGAAAGUAAUUGAAUCAGCCUAAGCCACUUGCUGUGUGAGGUGCCGAGACAUGCAUUGAGACUGCAGGAACAGCUCUUUGCCAAAGAUAUCCAAGUGCUUGGCCAGGAGGGGAAUGAAUGCUAGUCAGGCACAAGUGAUGGAUGAGGACUAACGGCACAUUAACCUCUGGCUAUAUCCUUUCCAUCUUGGAGACUGCCUGGUUACUCUGAUUGUUUCUGUCUUUCUACACAAUCACAUCAUUAUACACAUUAGCACAUGGCUCUAUGAGAAUGACCCUGAAUCCCUUUUGAAUCUUUUAGAGAAGGGAAUGGGUUUCUCUGUCGUGCUAGGUUCCAUGCAUGGCUUCAUCUGUAUUUUUACUGGUCUUUACUACCACUGUGCUGUGGGGGUGGGCAUCUUUCUACCAUUGUAUAAAAUAAUGGCUCUGUUUCCUGAGUGCAUACUAAGUGCAGACAUCAAACUAAAGCCCUUAGACUUCCAUCUGCCUUAUUCCCCAAAUCAAACCUAGGGGUUACUUAGAAUCUCCUGAUUGGUGAGUGCAAGUGCAGAAUUUCAACCUUGUCUAACUGGACCCCAGGCAGAAGUUUCUAAAACACACUAUGAGUUUUUUGACUAAGGCUGUUCCCUUUGAACAGUGUAUUUCUGCCUUGGGAAUCUCAGCUCAUUUGCCCUCCAAAUCUGAAGAGCUAGAGGAUUUGAUUGCUGUUUUUCUAAAAGGCAACAUCAGUAAUCUCUUUAGCAGAAAUUUUAUACAAAUGGCAAGCUUUUGUCUUUAAUUUACUUUAGCCUAGUCUUUUCCAUUAUUCAGUUGUCUUAUUGAACAUUCCUAUCUGUACCCCAUGUUUAUUACUCACCCAGAACAAGUGAGUGCCACCUUGGGGAAGAUGAAAUCAGAGAGAAAAUGAGCCAAAUAAGAAUUAUGUUGAAAGAUAACUGAAUAUGGGGGCUAGUACUGUGGCAUAGCAGGUAAGGCCACUGCCUGCAGUGUCAGCAUCUCAUUUGGGCCCCAGUUUGAGUCCUGGCUGCUCCACUUCCAAUCCAGCUCUCUGAUAUAGCCUGGGAAGGCAGUAGAAAAUGGCCCAAGUCCUUGGGACCCUGCACCCACAUGGGAGACCCAGAGGAAGCUCCUGGCUUCGGAUCAGCAUAACUCCGGCCAUUGCAGCCAAUUGUGGAGUGAAACAGCGGAUGGAAAACCUCUCUCUCUCUCUCUCUCUCUUUCUCUUUCUCUCUUUCUCUGCCUCUCCUCUCUGUAACUGACUUUCAAAUAAAUAAAUAAAUCUUUAAAAAAAAUAAAGAUGACUGAAUAAAUUACCACCUUGCAGAAGUUCUGUGAGAAAAGGCUAUUUCUUUAGGGCCUCAAAGCACCUUUUCUCCUCUCUAAUUCAUGCAUAUCCUAUACAGUGGCCCGUGGUGACAGAGAGCCAGUUUCUGUACUGCACAGGGCCAUCUGAGAACGUGAUGUCUGUAUCAUAUGGAAGCCUGUGGUGUGGCUGCGUCCUUCUUCUGCAGUCAGUCAGUUGCCUUGAACUUGCUACUUUUUCAUCACAUCAUGGACUGCUCUGGAAUACCUGUGUCACUGAUGACUAGGGGAUCUUGUUAGUGAGAGAUGGAAUAUACACAGAGACAAUAGCCGUUUUGUACUGGGCAAAAAACUAACCCACAGUUAAACGGUAGCCACUGGAGCAUUCCACCCAGAAAGGUCAGGACUUUGGUCACUUAAGCCAGCUUCCCUAAGUUUUGUGCCAGCCUUCAACUCAGGAUCAUGCAGACAAAGCUAAGUAUGCUCCCCAAAGUAAUCAGGCAGGGUGCCUACUUUAGGUAGACUGCUCUUGCUUCCCUGUGCAGACAGCUUCCAGUCAGAGCGUGCUGCAUGUCUUCCCUUGUUUUCGCUUUGAGUGUUUCUGCCUCCCCUGCCUGUCUUUGAGUCUCUGCAGGUACGAGUGAUGGUAGCUGGCUGACUGCCUAUAGCAAGUUCUGCAUACAUGGCCUUCACUCGUUCUCUCUCAUUUGGGUGGCCUUUUUUUUUUUUUUUUAAUUUUUUACAUUAGCUUUUCCCUGAGCUCAUUUGCCGUCCCCACAGGACCCUUCUCCUGUAUAUCAACACAUGCUAUGACAUUGAUCCUUCCCACCUCUUAGUUUUCUUUUACUUUCUCUUCUGCCCAACACUUACAGCUCUGCCCACUUUUGGCCUAUGUUAAAAUAAUUUGUCACUGUAACUGCAGCUUUAUAUGUUGAGUAUCUGCUGUUCAGGUUGGGUUCAUUCAUCAGCUCAUUUAAUCUGUAGGAAAACCACACAAAUACACUCAAAGCCCGGAUUUCACGGGUCUGGUUAAUGGGCAUUUGGAGGAAUUAAAUGACCUUGGCUUCCCAAGAUGAUAAGUCAUAACAGUAGAGACAGGAUCCAAACUCGGAUCUGUGGUUGAACCUAAAACCCUGGCUGACAUUUUGAGCCACUGCUUUAAUCUAUCAUUCCUUCGAGGAAGGUACUAUUGUAGUUAGACCUGUAUAUCCUUCAUGGGAGCUUGAGGCUAGUGGAAUUCUGAAAUGUCUGAGCAGAGUGGGAAGAGAGAAGAGGAGGAAGAAAAGCAGAAAGGAUGAGUCCAGAUUAAGAAAAAAACUCAAGUUGGCAUAAAAAAGGAUCCCAUUUUUCAUUUUAAUAGAUUAGUACAUAGGGCAGCCAUGGUAUUUCUCUCAUUUCUGUAGGACAUACUGUGAAGGUGAAAAUGUAUGUGUAUCUGGUUACCAUUCUCUCUGCCUGUCAAUCAGAGAAGCAUGCACACGUCUGUAAAUCCCCUCUUUAAGUCUGCACAAUGGAAGAACCAGCCAUGUUCUAAAUGAACACAGAUUCAGUUUUGUCUACUGUGAGAAAUCGCUGUGCUAGUGUCCUGCUUUCCACGGCCAUCCACCACGAUGUUGGCUUCUUCAUGAAGUGUUCACCAGAUACCUGUGACUCAGCCCAAAUCUAUAGCCUUGGCCAUAUGAACCAGGACACUGUGCAAAUGCAUUUUUCAUGUAUAGGUUGUUCACUCUGGUCUUUGAGAUUGUGUAAUUAGCAUAUGUUGUCAUAGUGAUGUAUUUAUUAUAAUGGAGGUGUUCUCAGGAAACCAGAUUUAAUAGUUUUAAAUCAGAGGCCAACAUGGACUUUUAGGGAUUCCAUUCACAGUAAAUUUUAUGCAUGGUGAAAGGUUAUGGAAUGGGUUUCCAUGCCACGUCUCCCCUGUCCCACAAAUCUCAGUUGGUCUACAAAAGUUCCACUGUAGAUCUGUGCGAGCCAGGCACCCUGAUGUAGACAGAAAAUUUCAGAGUUUAUACUGUCACCUACACAGUCUGCCUUCCAUGGCAAAUAGAGUGGGAAAAAGAUGGCUUGGCUGUUGGGCUUAUAUCCUAAACCCUUACAGCAACAUGGUUCUUGACAGAGGGUCUGUUAAGCCUUGGACUGACAGGAAAUUGGCUUUUUUUGUGUUCGAUUGAUAGCUUGUUAACUGCUGAAGCCAUUGCCCAUCUGUUCAACUAUCAGGCUCAGGAGGAGGUUGGACACCAACCCAAGGCCCACAUAUUUGUUGUUCCUCAGUUGCUAUCAGGAGCCCACAAAGGUUUCUUGUAUUUUAAGCAUCAACAUGGUAUGAAUGUACACAAGGUUUACUUAAUCUGUCCUAUUUCAUGUGUGUGUGUGUGUGUGUGUGUUCGUGUCCCCAGAAUACUUAAAUAGCAAAGGCAAAUGAGAUAACCCCAAGGUGCCAAAAGUCUGCAGUUCCUUUGUGUCUACAGAAAAGACGUUAACGAUUGAAUUAGACUCUUAAAUAUCUGUGGGUGUCAGGCUGAAUACAACAGCUAUUCAGUGUUGUACUCUGGCAGCAGAACAAGUCCCCUGGAGGUGGAAGCUAUGCAGGUCCCUGAAAGUGUGAGCAGAUUGUUAAAACUGUAUCAAGGAUUGGCUGGAAUGAUGCCAGAUUUCACUCUUGGUGCUCACCCAAGUUCUAGAGGUAAACUCUUGCCUUUACCUGUUCUGUACUCAAAGGUUCUUUCUUUUACAAAGAACAUCGGUGCUUCUACUUCCAGAGAUUCAUCUUCAGGCUGUGUCCCGUGUCUCCCUUCUCGCACAGUGUGAUGAUAAGCAUCAAUGCAUGGAAGAGGAAUGUAGCCACAGCAUCUUAAGCUCCUGAUGAAAAACUUCUUCAGUGUGAAAGAGCUUAUGUUGCGGAAUCAGUUGCAGCUGAGUGCCAAUCUGAAUUCUACCAAAAUAAUUGGUUGGAUUUGUGACUUACUCUGAGUUUUGUCACUUGUAGAAUGGGGAAUAUUGUUAGCUGCUUGCAUGUGGAGUUAGAUAUAGCAAAAAUAAAGUGUCUGGCAGAAUGGCAGGCACAGAGAUGAUCACUAUUAUCAACUACAUUAUUACAAUGAUUAUUUUUACAUUGAUCUGGUAAGAGGAAUGUAUUAGUGGCAUUUCUGAACUACUUUAAACAAAGUACAAGUCCUCAUAAUAAGCUAUAUGUCUAUAAGGCAGGGUGAGGAGAAGGUGAAGUGAUGUGAACAAACAGAAAAUCUGUGAAGAUGCCUACAGAGGGAGGAGCAGAAAAUCAGAUGUGCGGAUUUAUUUAAGGUCACUGCCAGUUUUGGAAACCCCAAAGUAUUGCAAAAAUUCUUUUUUUAAAAUAAGAUUAUUUAUUUGAAAGGCACCAUGAUACAUACAUACUCACACACACCCACACACACACACACACACACACCCCACACACACACACACACACACACAGAGAUCAGUGUACUAGUUCAAUUCCCAAAUGGCCUUGACAACUGGACUGGGUCAAACAGAAACCAGGUACUUGGACCAUGUUUCAUUGCUUUCCAGGAGCAUUAGCAGGGAACUGAAUUAGAAGUGGAGCAUUGGCGUCUUAAAUGGACACUCAAAUAAGAGGUGCAGACGUUGCAGGUGGCUUAGCCUAUUAUGCCACAACGCUGGCCCCAAAAAACUUAUUUUGAAGUCUUGUCUUUGCUGUUUUAAGAAAAGCACAUUGCAUUACUCACCAGUGUAGAGAAACUCUCAGAGGCCCAACUGGUGGUACAGGAGGAGCCCAAGACAUGGAGUCCAAAAGUUCAUGUUGUCUUCAAGCCUGCACGGAGCUGUGCUUGGAAAGAGCUUCCUAACUCUUCUAGUGGCCAGGAUCCUUAUUGUAACUGAAGUUAGUAUACUGAUGUGAUAAUAAUGAGCUGUGCAUCUCUUUGUAAAAAUGCGCAACUAUGGGGCUAGCACUAUGGUGCAGCAGGUUAAAGCCCUGGCCUGAAACGCCAGCAUCCCAUAUGGGUGCCGGUUCUAGUCCCAGAUGCUCCUCUUCCAAUCCAGCUCUCUGCUAUGGCCAAGAAUAGCAGUAGAAGAUGGAUCAAGUCCUUGGGCCCCUGCACCCAUGUGGGAGACCUGGACGAAGCCCCUGGCUCCUGGCUUUGGAUUGGUGCAGCUCUGGCCAUUGUGGCCAUCUGGGAAGUGAACCAGCGGAUGCAAGACCUCUCUCUCUGUCUCUACUUCUCUUUAUAACUCUUUCAAAUAAAUAAAAUAAAUAUUUAAAAAACGUGCAACUAUCAUAAAGUUACCACUGUUACCAUUGUUCACUCAUACCAGCAGUGUUUAUCAAGCACCUACUAAGUGCUAGGUCUUGUUUUAAAUGUUAGUGAUACAGCAGUCGACAAAACAGUAGAUGCCUCUGCCCUCAUGGUCUCUAUAUUCUGGUAAAGGUGGCAGAAACUAAAUAGGUGAGAGAUAAACUCAAUAGAUUAUUAUGUCUUCGUGGUAUAAAUAGUACUUUUAGAUGAGCAAUUGUUUAUUUUAUCCAUCUUUCUAUUUUCCUACCAUUUACUUACAUAUUCAUCUAUACCUCUCUCUAUGCAUAUAUACUUGUAGCCGUGUGCACAUAUAUUGAAAAUAUUUGGUUUUGGCCUGUGAAUAUGUUAACCUUUCGUACCCACAUCUUGAAUAAAUUAUUUGAUUUGACAUUGUGAUAAAACUUAAUUUUGCUGUUGUCCUGAUAUUAGGAAUUAGACUAAUGUGUUUAAAAUUGGGUUCAAAGAUCCCCUGGUUGUUGAGUUAUAUUCCUCUAUGUGUAUGUGUGUGUGUAUUUAUCUCAGUGAUACCCCAGAAAAAAUUAUUCAGACAAGCACAACUCAUUUAUGUGAUCACCUUACAAAUUAGGUAUCCACACAUCAGAAUGUAGAUGUUUGCAUUUUGUGUUGCUUGUUAUAUUGCCAUAACUCUGUGGCUUUCCCCACAUCUAAUACAGCCUUGUCAGGGAUCCUUGUCUGUGAAUUUUCCCAUUUGACAGACAAGAAAACUGAGACUGAAGCAGAUCUCCAGUGAUUUGUCUGGGCUGCGCAUUUACUGGCCCGAGAGUUGAACUCAGGUCUCAUUCCAUUCAUGCUCUGUUCCCCCUCACAGCUUCUCCCAGCUUUUCAGAGUGAUGGGACAUGAGCACUAAAUUUGAUUUGAUUACUCUGAUAAAGCAGCUUAUAAAAUGCUACAGAGCAGUGCCUUUCCUUUCUGAGAAGUUGAUAGAAUAAAAUUGGCUUGAUCUCCUCAGCCUGCAUCUUGAGGGAACAAGUAAAUUAAACAAGUAAUUAUAUCCAUAAUGUUUUUAGAAGUUAGAAGAUUUAAAUAUGUGAAUCUCAUCUGAGUGUACAGCCUUUUGUCUGCGGUGUUUCCUGCCAAAAGAUCGCUUGACAGGAAAUAAACAUUAAAAUAAUCUUUAAUCCCUUGUCUGGUCUAUUACCAUUAACAAUUGAUGCACUUUAAUUUUGUGGGAUUUUAACUACAAAAUGGAACGGCUAAGUAGUGAUAAUUGGGUUUGGAAUUAUACGGUCAUUUAUAUCAACAAAGAUGCAAGAGGCUGGAAGGGAGGGUGAUUAAUUAUUUACUAUUUCCUGGCUGUGGUCCCUAUUACAGAAUUUUCUGAUAUGUUCUGCUGUGAACAGUUACACUAAAUGAAAGUAAACAAAUCUGUGAUUUGAGGCCGUAUUUAGAAGUGAGACUGUUGAGAUGAUGUGGACUUGAUUUUCCUAGACUCUGGCCUGUGUGUGUUCCUUUUCUCAUAGUCCCACCAGUUUUGUUUCUGAAUGUGGUUAUCUGUGUGCAUCUUACACUCCAAAAUGCACUGCCCAGGGAAAGCACUUGGAUUUUAAGGGAAAAAGCAAACAGAAAAAACAAAACAAAACAAAAAACCAUUGAGUCAGAUCUCAGUUCAAAGCCAAACACAUGCUUGGAGUAGGGGUGUAGUUUGUUCUUCCCUCUGUCUGGUUUACUUUAUUACAGUGUGGCGUGGGGGAGGAGCAAAGUUACUAUGUCAACAUGAGAAAAAAAUUUGGCUCCGCUGUUUCUCCUUAGUUUGUGUGUGUCUGUGUGCUGGUGUGUGUGUUCUGUGUGUGUUCAAGGCAGCACCACUGCUCUGUGUCUCAGCCUCCCCAUCGUUCCUCAAAAGCACAGGGCAGCGUCUGAGAUGUCGCCGUGGGGUUGCCCUCGCCAAUGCCCGUUCCCUAUCUCUGUCUCCUCUUGGGGCUGCUGUUCACAUCCCCGGAUAUCUUCCUGGCUGUCCUUACAAACGGCUCCUUCCAAAGCUGGGAGUGAACAUUCUCGGGUAGAUUUUCUGACACAGGAAGGUGGAUGGUGCUUCCUGUGACGGACUUCCUGGGGAAUAGGAGGGCUUUUAGGGAUAGGGUACAGAUAGUAAGCCAGCCCAGAGUCUCUGAGAGUCAUGGCCUCUGGUCUGCCCCAGACUCUGGAGGGUCAGGACUUCCUGGGGAAUAGGAGGGCUUUUAGGGAUAGGGUACAGAUAGUAAGCCAGCCCGGAGUCUCUGAGAGUCAUGGCCUCUGGUCUGCCCCAGACUCUGGAGGGUCAGGACUUCCUGGGGAAUAGGAGGGCUUUUAGGGAUAGGGUACAGAUAGUAAGCCAGCCCGGAGUCUCUGAGAGUCAUGGCCUCUGGUCUGCCCCAGACUCUGGAGGGUCAGGACUUCCUGGGGAAUAGGAGGGCUUUUAGGGAUAGGGUACAGAUAGUAAGCCAGCCCGGAGUCUCUGAGAGUCAUGGCCUCUGGUCUGCCCCAGACUCUGGAGGGUCAGGGCCUUCGAGCACAAGCUUGAUGAAGCACAUUUUCCCUCUCAGCUCAUGGAUGCUUUUCAGACUGGAAGUAAUGACACUCGUUUUUCUGUGUUUGGCACCACUGUUCUUGCAGUUGCACAACCCAAGCACCACAAGGCCUCCUGGGCCUCUCCCUCAUUCUUAUCCCACCUAUUGUGUCCUGCCCAUCAUAGAAGUUUUUUGUUUCCACUGCGUGGAAUCUGUCCAUUCCAUCAUCUCAUCUGCCAUUGUCUUUUCCUCAUGUAGUACCUCGUCUAGUCUCUUCUCUCCUGGCUGGGCCCACAUGGGAAGGGAAGGGAAGAAUCAGGAGGGUCCUCACCUUCUUCCCCACGUUUCUCCUGCAUUCCCUGAAAGAGCCUGUGCUUCCUGUUACCCAGGUCACAGGGUACCCCAGCAUGUCCAUAACGAUAAUUGAUGAGCUUAUUAACGACAGAGUCCCCAUGGUUCCCUGCCCCGUGAUGCCCAGUGAUGUCACUAAAGCAGGAAGAAGGCAGAAUCACUACACUCAGCGCUGCUUGAAGGUAAGGCAUGUCGCUGGCGGUAGCUAACGCUAGAAGCCUUCCCAGUGGCGUACUUGGCCUUCAUACUUUGUAGUCCAGACCUGCUGAAGGAUUUUACGCCCUUCCUGAAUCUCCUUGAAUGUAAUUCCUACUGGAGAUGGUGGCCAUCUUGCUUUCCUUGCUUGGGAGAUGGGCAUAGAAGUACUUGAGGCUCCCUCCCGUAGGCCAAGCUUAACUCCGGAUUUUUGUUGUAGGCUUUUUUUGUUUGUUUGUUUGUUUUUAAUUAACAUAGGUUUUGGGGGCUAUGAGGGUGAUGAGUGGAAGAUGGUAAUGGUUCUCAUUAGAAAGUUGGCAGGCUGGCGCCGCGGCUCACUAGUCUAAUCCUCCGCCUUGCAGGGCCGGCACACCGGGUUCUAGUCCCAGUCGGGGUGCCGGAUUCUGUCCCGGUUGCCCCUUUUCCAGGCCAACUCUCUGCUGUGGCCCAGGAGUGCAGUGGAGGAUGGCCCAAGUGCUUGGGCCCUGCACCCCAUGGGAGACCAGGAUAAGUACCUGGCUCCUGCCAUCGGAUCAGCGCGGUGCGCCGGCCGCGGUGGCCAUUGGAGGGUGAACCAAUGGCAAAGGAAGACCUUUCUUUCUGUCUCUCUCUCUCUCACUGUCCACUCUGCCUGUCCAAAAAAAAAAAAAAAAAAGUUGGCAAACAUUUGGCUCAGUACUUACAACAACUGCUUAAGAUGCCUGUAUCAGAGUGCCUGGGCUCCAGUCCUGGUUCUGGCUCCUGAGUGCAGCUCCUGCAGAUGCAGAUACUGGGAGGCAGCAAGUGAUGGCUCGAGUGGAUGGAUCCCUGCCACACACAUGCGAGACCUGGAAUGGGAUUCUGGCUUCUGGCUUCUGACUUAGGCCUAGCCCAGGCUGUUGCACACAUCUAGGGAAUGAACCAGUAGGUGAGAGAUCUUUCUCUCUUUGUCUGUCUUCCUCUCUAAUAACAAAAAUAUUUGAAAAAAGGAAGAAUGGUGUAGGGUUGCAUAAAUUACUCUGACCUUGGGAGGUGGACUUAGUGGCCAGGUGACUUUGCUCACUUUUUAGGUUUUUCAGCUGUGGCAUGGUUGACACUUUAAGUCAGAUGAUUGUUACAGAGGAUUGUCCUGUGCAUCGUAGGACGUUGAGCAACAUCUCUGGACUCCACGUGCUGGAUCCCCAUAGCAGCUCGCUCCAUUCCCAAAUCCUUGAAUAACAAAAGAUGUCCACAGAUGUUGCUAAAUAUCCCGGGGCAUGGUGGGAGAGAGGUCAGAAAUCACCCAGCUUGAGAAACUCAGUCCUGUACUCUCCCUUGAAGUUUUGGUUUUCUUGCCAUGAGAAUGUGCUUCCCAUGGCAAAAUGCCAAAGCCAGGCAGUACUGAUAAAAGCAGGAUACGAGGAUGGACUACGACAUGAGUGAUGCCGACUGUGUGCCAGACCCUGCUGUAAACACUGGCUCUCAUCGCUGAGCCCUAAAGCAGUGUGUUAGGAUGAAGGGUGGCCAUGCACCCUGUGGCCUAAGGUGACAGUUCAUUGUCUCACACACUGGGACACCAGAAUCUGAGGUGUUAACAGGAUUGGGCCCUUCUAGGGUUCUUAGUGGGCAUCUCUUCCAGGCUCUUCUCUCUGCUUCUGAGAGUUGCCAUCUGUCCUUGAAUUCCUUGGAUAUGGCAGUGUCACUGCAGCCAUGGUCCCCAUCUUCGUGGCCAUCUUCCCCCUGUGUGUGUCUGUGUGACCUCCUUGUGCUUUAACUAACUAUAUCUGCAAAGACCGUAUUACUAAGUCAAGUCAGAUUCUGAAGCAGAUACUUACUUGAGGACCGUGAUAUUCAGUGCUGUCCAGGAAGGUGGUACUUGUCUCCCAUUUUACAAACAAGGAAACUGAAGCACAGAGACAUGAAGUGACUGUCUGAGUCACAGAGAGAACCAAGAAACAGAGGCAGGACUUAGACCACGUUCUGGUUAAACCACAGCCCUUGCCCUGGCAGCCCCUGAAGUGUGGCCCCUGACCAGCAACAGCAGCACCUGGGCACCUGUGAGGCAGAUUCCCAGGCGGCCCGGCAGCAGGGCCCAGCAAGCUGGCUUUAAUAGGCCCUUCAGGGGAUUCUGAUGGACCCUGGAUUUUGAGAAUCUCUGAUCAAAUGUGUAGCAUGAAUAAAAGCGCUUUUAAGGCAUCAUUUUUGUCAAUUACCUGACAUUUCUGAAGUGCGCUCAGUGGGCUCAGCUCUGUCCUCAUUGGCACCGCCCAUCCAUGGGUCAGGAGAGUUCCAUGGCUUUUUCUAAAGGAGCCUUUUCCUUUUUGUUCGCCAUGCCCCAAGGUACUGGAAAAAUGACACUGUCCCUAUCUUUGCCUGUGUGGAGGCAGCCGGUGUCAUGUCACAGAUACACGAGUUGUGUGAGCCGCUCUUCUUCUUUAAACAGAUAGCACGGCUCUCCUCACACAUGCCUGUCACACGUGCAGACCCCUCUUCCUCUGGCUCGCUUUUAUCAGCUUUGCUCGGAUCCCAGGGGCCUGCACUGCCAGGAACUUCACACGCUCUUAGAGCACCUAAUAAAGCCAAGUAAUUUUUGGCUCAUCUGUACAUUGUUAAUUGAUCUUCAUUUCCUGUUUCACCUCGAAGCAAACACAUCAGUCACCCCGUGAUACCGGGGUUGUUUAUCUUCUCUGGCCAGGAGCUCACUGCUUUGAUUAUGCCUUUAGCAUUCCCUGUUUCAGGAUUUCAGGGGCCUUUCCCCAUCUGUUUGCUUUGCAAAUUGUGCCUUUUCUUUUUUUAAUUACAGAUUACUUAAAAUCUCCCCAUCAGCAGGAGGGAAGUCAUUACCGUGGGCAUAAGUGGUCAAUGUAGAUGGGUCACUGGGAGCCCAUCUCCAAAAUGCACUUCUGUGUGUGAAAGGUCCCUCUUCCGGCAGCAAGUGAUUCUGUUUAUUUGAGGAGCUUUGGUAUGGGCUUGGGGACACAGAGGAAUACACAGGAGCUAGAGCCACUUCCUGAGAGGUGGGGAAGGCUACUUAGCACAGCAUUCACGUUCCCAUGUUCCUGGGGAGAGGACGUGGCCUGGAGACUCGGUAAUGAGCACCUCUGUUCUUCCUUGUCCUUUAUGGGAUAUUUCGUGACAUAAGCCAGGGUGCUCCUGAAAAAGUUUUUAUUGCUGCUUUGCUUUGGUCCUGGUUGUUAGUAUUGCUUACCACCCAGCUCCCAACUCACUUGGUGGGAAUAAACCACAAAAGAUAAGGAAACUCCUGCAACAAGUUUCAAACCUUUUAGUGAGGCUGAACAAUAGGAGAGGGUGUUUGGCACAGCAGUGAAAACACCACUUCGGGUUCGCUGAUACCCAGACUGGAGCACUUGGGUUCAAGUCCCAUUUCUACUCUUACUUCCAGCUUCCUGAUAAUUCACACUGUGCUAAGCAGCAAAUAAUGGCUCAGGUAGUUGGGUCCCUGGCACCCAAGUGGAUUGAGCCCUGGGUUCCUGGUUUUAUCCUGGCCUAGCCUUGGCUGUUGCUGGCAUUUGGGGAAUGAACCAGCAGGUAGAAGAUUUCUUUCUCUCUGUCUGUCUCCCUGUCUUUGUCUCUCUGCCUUCUAACCUAAAUGAAAAUCAAAGAAAUUUUUUAAAAGAAUGGACAGUGAAUGUUCCCUCAUUCUUAAAUUUUUCUGCAAAAGAAGCCAUUAUUAAAGGUUUAUUGUGGAUUCUUUAAGAAAUGUUAUAUAUAAUCACUCUUAGAUACUAGCAUGAGUAGCCUUUUGAAAAAACAUACAGUUAGUACUAUUAAAUGCAUCCCAUUCAUUGCCUUGCUCUUUUCAUUUAAUAUAGUUGUCUUGGAGCUUAUUUGGUGCAGCUGGACCUCCUUAUUUGCCAAGACUUCACACUAUUCCAAUGCGUAGACAUUCUGCAGUUUUUUUAUUUGUUUCUCUAUUGACCGUGUUUUGCUAUCACACAUGACUCAGUGAUGAAAAAUGCUAUGCAUGUAUAUUGUCUACUUGAGCAAGGAUAACAUCUGAAGAGAUUUUUCCAGUAGCAGAAGUGCUGGAGCAAAGGGUCUGUGUACCUUUGAAAUAAUUAAUUUUAAAAGAAUUGCCAAUUUGCCCUCUAAGACAGUUAGAUCCAUUGCCUCUCCACUCUGCACACAUGGGGAUGUCUGCAUCACCCCUGAGAGGAUCUCCAGAAGCAGCAGAGGGGACUGCAAUGCCAUCGACAGGUCCAGCAAGGCAGGCAUCAGUACUCGAAUUUUAAAAAUUCAUGUUCUGUUGUAUUGUCUGUUUCUUCUGCAAUGACCACCUCAUAACAGUGUAGAGCCCAAUCCCCAAGCCUGGCAGUUUUCCCCCCUUUCAAUAUAUCACAUUGAUUUUCUGUAUGACUUUAUCUGCUUAAUACAAAGUGGGAUUGAACAGUUAUUUGUCUCGAUUUGACCAUUCCUUAUCAAACAUUUAUGAUUUAGCUUUCGCCAUGCCAUCUUCUUGUAAGGUGUUUCUUAUUUUUGUCUUUUUCCGUAAAGGUAAGAUUGUGUUGACAGCCCUGUUAUAAAUCUCUCUUGCAAGAGAUGGGUGGGGCUCUGCAUGGGAGAUGUUUGGGGGACAGGCUUCAAGGAGGGCUGUGAACUGCUUCUAGACCCGUGUCAUUGUUGACCCCCUGACUUUGGGGUUUGCAGCGUAUUAGGAUUCAGUACUUCAUCAGGAGGCUUCAUGGGGCGCUGCUCUGAGCCUGAGUUGUCUACCAUGUGAGCCAAGGCCAAAUCUCACAGCCACCUCCUGUCUGUCCAUGGAGUGGUGUUGCUCCCAGGUCAGCUCACAUUCGCCAACGUCUGGGACAUCCUUGUUCAGAAUUCAUCCUGCAUGUAAGGGACUGGAAAAUAGUGGAACAUGUUGAGAUUUAUGUAUUUUUAUCAUUUCCAUUUGUUCUGUUUCUCAUGAGCAUUUUGUAGCUUCCUGUGGAGAAACCAGUAUUAGAAAAUUUUCCUCAGUUCUAGAAGACUGUUGAGCACUUACCUGUGUCAGACAUUGUGCCUUUUGGACCAGUUUCAAGAGUGUGGCAAAAUGGGGGGAGUAGCCAGGCCGUCAUCGGCCUGGUUCCUAGUGCUUUGGUACUCAGUGAUGUGGGCUAUCCUUUUGUUGUUUGUUGAUCUGAAAACAAUGUAUAUUUGUCACUUUGGUUUUUGUGAAUGAAGAAUUGAGUUAGGCUCAACGUCCCUCAGAGGCUGUACCGAGGGGGCUGCUCUCAUUGACGGGGCAGAUCGACUCUCAAGUUCAUGCUCAGAGCUCUUGGCAGGAUGCAGUUAUUUGACAGUUGUUGGGACCAACGGCCUCAGUUCCUUCUUGACCAAUGGUUGUUGCCACAUGUUCCCACCCAAAAGGAACUCUGUGGUGGCUGGUUUACGUCUGAGCAAGAAAGUAAAAGAGAAGGAAGACCUUUCUCUCUGUCUCUGUAAAAGAGAAGGAAGACCUUUUUCUCUCUCUCUCUCACUGUCCACUCUGCCUGUCAAAAAAAAAAAAAAAAAGAGAGAGAGAGAAGGAGUUAGUGAGAAAGACAGAAGACAGAGUCUUUUUUGAACUUAAUCCUGAAAGUGACAUCUUAUCACAUUAUUUAUUAAUGAGUUAUAACUCAGUACUGUAAUAUCCUCCCUUUUACUGUGAACAAAUCAGUGGUUUGUAGUAUAUUCACAAAGUUGUACAGUUGUCUAAUUCCAGAACAUUUUAUCACCCCAUAAAGAAGCACUGUACCCAUUAUCAGUGACUCGCCAUUCCCCAACCCAGCCUCUGGCUCCUGUUAAUCUGCUGUAUCCGAUGAUUUACCUCUUUGUAUAAUUCAUGGAAGUGGAAUCAUAUACCCCGUGGCCAUUUGUGACUGGUUUUUUUCGCUUAGCAUAAUGCUUUCUAGAUUUUUUUCAUGCUACACCAAGUAUUAGUGUUCCUUUUCUUUUUAUAGCCAAAUAGUGUUCCCCUGUAUAGAUAGAUUAAUCACAUUUUUUUAUCCAGUGAUCAAUUCAUGUUGUUUGACUUUGUGGCUAUAAUGAAUAAUUCUAUUGUGUGACUGUUUGGCUAUUUCUGACUGUUAUGAAUGGUGAUGCUAUGAACAUUUGCAAAGCUUGCUUCUGCUUUGUGGCUGUUAUGAAUACUGCUGUGAUGAAUGUCCUGGACAAAUUUCAGUGCAGACUUAAUAUUUUCAUUCCAUUACCCUUUUAUAACUUGUCUCUGAUACAGAUAUCUAUGAUAUCAGGGGUAUGUCUUGAAAUGUUCUCAUCAUUGUAAAUACAAAUGAAGUAGGAGAAAGAAACAAGUAACGAUUUUGUAUGUGAUGAGAGAUGGGUUUGAGGAGGUGGCAUGUGAACUGCACUCUGAGUGAUGAUAACCAUUCAAAGAUCCCAACAACUAAAUUCGCAGCGAUACUGUCAAAGUGCCCAAGUCCUGGGUGGAAGUACAUUUGACCUGCCUCUUCAAGGGAAGGAGAACAGCCACUGUGUUUGGAGUCAGGUGGAAUAAUAGGAUAGGAGUUUGAGUGUUAGCCACACCCUCAGGUUGUGAAGCCGUUGUGAGCAGUCUGGAUUUUGUUUGAAUUGUGGUGAAAACCAAUGGAAGUUACUUAACAAGAAGGUGAUGCAGUUUGAUGCUCUUGAAAAGAUUCCUUGGUUGCAGUGAGAAGAGCAUUCUGCAGGGCUUGGGAGCUGAAGCACAAAGCUGGGUUGAGAAGUGACACAGGGGACUGAGAGAGCGAUCUGGGGACUGAGCCAGGUGAUGAUAAUGGGUGGAGGAAAGAGGUUGGGUGGAUGACACCACUGAGCACGUUUGCACGUGAUUGCAUGUUGGCUGUCUGUCUCCUGCUGGUUCAUGUUCUGACAUCAGUGUGGACUGGCCACUCAGUAGGCACCCAGCGAAUGUUUGCCACGUAGAUGCUGUGGAGUGGGCUCGUGCGUGGGGAGUGGCUGGUUGGAGGUAGAGUAGAUAGCACUUCAUAUUGGGAAUGUCCUGAACUCUUCUUUGAUCAGACUGGCUCAUACAAAGCCUGCCUUCUAACAUAGUGCCUUUAGUCCUGUGCCCUUCUACUUACAGGGAUUCCAAACUCGUAAAUAAUGUUUUUCUUUGACGAUGUGUGCAGAAAGAAGAGCCAGCAAUGUUCAAACUGUGUUUUCAAAUAUUUUAUUCUUUUCCCUUUUACAAAUGAAUGCAGUAUAUCAACAUCAAUGCAUCUGGGAAGAGCAAGCCAGUCGGGCGGCUAGUGGAAUGGAAACUCCGUAUGGCGAUCCGUUAUACUCUCCCUACAUUAGGCUUGUUGAGACUCUGUUAUUAAGGUGGGAUUUUUCUUAAUUAUUAACAGUUAAAAAUAGGAAAAUAGAUUUCGGGGGGCGGGGGGGAGUUGCCGGCAACAAUUGUAAAUGUGUGCAUGUGCGUGACAUGGAAUUUGCCAAACAUGAAUAGGCACUUACAAUGUGACUAGAAUUGGCUCUGUCAUGUGUCAGCCUAAUAGCCUAAACCCUGGUUCAAUACAAUGAACUUGGGAAGGUUUGCUUAAUGAAAGAACUGACGUUUUCUGUGCAGUGGCUGCAUCCAUCAGCCUGCAUCCUGUUCAUUACACUACAAAGGGCUGCCAAUGGGAAUUGGUAGGAUCAUCUAUUAGGUAAACGUGAUGGGGACAAAAGAUAGCAGAGGCCAGGGCCUUGUGGAAUUUCCUGUGAAGGUUGGGGUUACUGGAACAGUGAGCUCUUGGUUACAGACAAUGUGUUUUCAAGGUGGCAUGAGGGUCUCUGGAAUCGUGCGUUGAAUUCUGGCUCUACCCCAUCCAUGCCUGUGGGAGCCCAGAGAAGAAAGUUUUCAGUUGUGAAUAGCACUGCCCAUUGUGGAGCCAUUGUGUAGGGCUGUUCAUAAUCACUGAGUUUUCUGUCUGGGUACACGCUUGGGGGCCAGAUGGCCUCCCCUGCCAGCUGACUGCCUUUGGCCACUGGAAUCUGCGUGGAAGUGAUAUGCAUCUCUUUGAGGAAGAAACCCUAAGAACCUACAGUGUGCUACCCCAUGACCUCUGUUCUGCUGGUCCUGCGCCCUGUACUAGUCCACACAGAGCUGCCCUGUCAGGAUGGGUCUUGGAAAAAAGACAAAGACAAGAAGCUCAACCUGUCUGAGAGGGAUGUGGAGAAACUGUGCUUCUGUGUUGUGUUGUGGCCGUAAGACACUGGCAUUUGGGGUUACUUGUUACUGCAUACAGGCUGCCUAUCCUGACUCAUCAUACCCAAUCUUACACCUAGAGGGGUUCCAUUUUGGCUCUAGAGCAGUAAAACCCCGGAACAGUGGUGCUUUUCACAGCAUGUUUAGGGUCUGUUUAAUAGGGUUAGGGUAUUAUAGCUUGCCUUUUAAACCACGUUUUACAUCUGUGUAUGGCUGUGAAUUUCACUUAGCCUCUAGAGCCAUGGGGUCGGGGUGCCUGUUUGAGGACUAGCAGGGAUCCCUUCAGAUGAGAGCUGGGUCUCGAAUCAUCAGAAAAUGCAGACAAAACAAGAUGCGCUGAUUGGCAAGGUCAUCUGGGAGGGGCCGUCGUGCGUAAGGAGCAGGUCCAUUAAUUCAGUGGGGAUUUACAUCAGUUCUAUCUGCCUCCUGCCUAAUGGGACUGCUUGGUUGUGUUCUUUCCUGGGGAGAUUAGUGAUUGAAAGGAGGAGAUUUAGAAAGGAGAGAUAAAAGUUUGCAUUUAAUUCUCCUGACAGGCAGACUUCUAAAGAAGGCUUCCUAAGGAGGUUCCAUGGUAAUGCAGACUUAAGCCAGAGGUCAGCAUCCCCUAAGACAGUGCUGAUGUCCAGAGGGUGACAUUUAUGUAGUGAGGGGCCUUGACAGUUAAGUCGUCUUCACGAGAUCUCCUAUGCUGUAACCCAGUGGUUGGCUGGAUUAGAAGUCCCUUCUGUAACUGCGAUGGGCGUUCUGAAUCUGGAAUCUUGGUGGGUUUGUUCCUAAAAUUUAUUCAUCUCUAAAGCAGUACUUUUCACUCUCUUUCUCCUCCCCACGAAGCCUAACCAUCUUCAGUUCCCCAGGUGAGAACUGUUGUGUGGACCAUGAUCUUUCACAAACCCAUGGCACAUACUGUCUGCUCAAAAGGUCACUCAUUGUGGGUGUCAGACAAGAAGAAGUGCUGCAGUGCUCUGGACAGUGGCCAGCAAACAGUCUUUAAAAGCUGCCUAGGAAGAUGAGGAGAAGCCAUGGGUCUUGCUUGUCGGACAGAGAGUGUUUAAAGACUGCCUCUGUCAUUCAGUGGCUGUGCAGCCUUGCUGCUCUUACCUAACCUUUGUCAGUUUCAGUCCCCUCUCCUGUGAAAUGGGGAUGGCAGGAGUAACUCAGUCCCUUCUCUACCAUGUGGUCGUGAGAGCCAGUGAGCCAGUGCUUGCAGUGGUAUUAGCCCCAACCAACCUCUGCCACUGUCAAAAAUUGUAGUGACUGUCCCUUCCUGUUAGUAGUUGUGUGCCGAAAAGGGUGAUGCCAAGGGCAUGGUCUUUGCCAUGCAGUCCCUCACUGGAGAGUGAAUGAGUUAGCAGACAGUGAGCUGCCAUUCACAGAUUAUGCUGACUUGAUGACUUUUCAUCAAGGAGGCACUGUGUUACCUCUCAGCCCAGGCGCUGUGAUUGCAGUGGCUCAUGUGGGGGCAUCGUCAGUUGCUGGGCUGCAGCUUGACUUAGCCUCCCCAUGAUGGAUGCCUCUGGGGCAGGGCACCAGAGUCAGACAGAAAUUGCCUCUGAAACACACUGCCAAAGCUUAACAGUUCCCUGACCGCGACUUGAAUUUAUAUUCUCAGUUUCCUCAUCUGUAAAGUGGACAAAGCAAUGCUGUUGACCUUCCUGCAUGGGAUCCUGGUUAAGGAGGUUUGUGUUAAGUACACAGUAUCACAUUCAGCACAGUGGACUUUGGGUUUCUCAGGUGUAGAAGAUGAGGGAUUUAUUCAGCAUCACUCACUGGUGGCCAGCCAGCAUGCACUCAAGCUCUCAUGGCUGGAGGUCACUUCCCCGUUGUAUUCGUCCAAUGCCGCGGCUCUGGGACCUCUGCUGGAGGAAAUAGCGUGAGAGAGUUUGCUUUCAGAUUCAAUUAAAACCAGUUUCACAAGAACCAAAGCUUUUAAAAGCCUGUAUCAAUGUUUAAUAUAAACACAGUCUCUCAUUAAAAGAAUUUAGUUUAUUCCAGUCUUAUAAAGCCCCUUGCAUAUAAAUUUUGCCCCUUUGUUUAAAGGGAGACAAAAUCACUACUUUCUUUAUAUUUGCUAGCAGCUUCAAUGAGAAUCCAUGGAUGAACUUAUCUGUUGAUCUUUGGCAUUUCAGUUUUAGGUUUCUGCUCCUACUAGCAGACUGUUUUUCUUGAAGCAGUACUGUAAGUCUCUUUUAACACCAUUUUUGAACUUGAAAAGGUUUACAUUGUUAUUCAUUGGGUUAUCUCAAUAUAAAUAUACUUUGGGGGGGUUAUAUCUUAUAGAAAAUUAAAGGUGAUAGUGCUGCAAAUAAUAGGAUUCUGAUCUGAGUUCCCAUUACUGUCCGUUAGUGUUCUAAUAGACUCAUUUGAAAAAUCUCUCCUUUGUUUCCUUUUGGUUUCGUUCCCUCCCAUCAGAUUGAGUCUGUUUGCUUCUCCUUGUGAGGCAUUGGUGGUGACUAAGUGGUAAGCCCUGACUCCCUGCCGACUCUUCCAAGUGUGCUGCUCAUUGCUCUCCAGGGUGUGCACUCUGCUCUCCUCUCCGCCAAUGUUCUUCUUAAAAAUGCUAGACUUAAACCAUGCAGCUUAGUCCUUUGACCUCCAGAUGGAUCUGUCCUUUUCUUCAUCUCAACUCCCCUUGGGCAUUCUCUAAGUAUUUCAAGGGCAAGGACCAUGAGACAAAAUGUCAUUAGGCAUCCAGGAAUGAUAUUACAAGUUUCCAUCCGUUCUGUUAUCUAUCCAUUUAUCAUUCAACCACCACUCAUAGUCAUCUUACUCUGAACUAGGCACUGGAUCCCAAGGAUGAAUUAGGAUCCUUCAGUUUAUUGUAGACAAAGCAUAUGAGUGAACCAUGAGAAAAAUUCAGUAUGAUAAAUACAAGGGCCAAGUACCGUGAGAGGUAGGCCAGAGAAAGUAGUGGUUAUCUUUCCCAGGGAGGGAGUAAAGGUAGGCAGAAGAGUAUGAGGAGGUGUGCAGGAGGAAGCUUUACCACCAAGAAGGCCCCACAUAAAAUGGGCCUAGGAUCUAAGUGGAGUUUUGUAAGCAAGUCAGUUUGGGAAGCUGAGCAGUUUAGAAGGCAAGGAAAGACGGGCUUUGUGAGCAGAGAGAACAGCAGGUGCACAUAUAAUCCGAAGCCUGGGGGUGGCAAUCGUGUGUCCCUCUCAAAGUGAGCUGUGGUGAAGAGGUUAGAUACCAGAGCUACAGGGCCCGACACCUCUGGGUUUAAAUUCCAGAUGAAUGCUGCAGUGGUUGAAUAGUAUUGCUCCUCCUAAUUCAUGCCUACCCAGGACCUCAGCACAUGGACUUAGUUCCACAUAAGUUACAGAUGUAAGUAAGGAAGGGGUUCAGAAAUGAUUAUACUGGAUCACAGUAGUUUUUAAAUCCAAUGAGAAUGUCCUUAGAAAACAGAGGACAUAAACACAGAAAAAGGUGAUGUUAAGACAGUGGCAGACAUCAGAGUGACACUUCUACAAGCCAAGGAAGACCAAGGAAUGUAGGGAACUGCCAUCAGCUGGGAGAGAGGCCUGGCUCAGUUCCUCAGAGCCCCUAGAAAGAACCAACCCUGCAGACACCCUGACUUUGGACUUCUGGCUCCUGCACUGUGAGAGAGUACAUUUCUAUUUUGUUAGGUAAGUCCAUUUGUGAUAGAGACAUUAUUAGAGUUUUGGCUUGUUUUAACAAGUCUGUAAGGUGGGCACUAAAACCAUUCUCCCAAAGCUGCCACUUCCAGUUCACCUGGUUAAUUACUGGUGCUUUCAGAACCCUGGUUUCCUCAGCCUCAGAAUGGAGAUUUCCUAUCUCGCUUGGAGGUGGAUUUCAGUCCUACAGGAGACAGCAUAUGUAAAGGACUUGGCCCAGUGCCUGGUUAAGAAUAAGUGACCAAUAAAUAACUCUCCUUAUUAUUAUUGCUGUUAUUUGGGAUGUAAAUAUAUUUAAGGAUGCACUGUCAAUAUUCAAUUAUCCUUGCUAAUAAAAGGGAAUGAAGUAAAGAUUAUAUGGUAUGAAAUGUGUGGACAGAUUGCUUUACAUUCUUAAGAGUGGUAGGGUGGACUCCCAGGCACUGGGCUUUUAGGGACCUGAAUUCACUUCUUCUCUGCCUACCCCUCCAAGGUUUGGUCUUCAACUGGGAAAAGGGAAGAAAUAUGAUCCAUGAAAAUCUACAGGGAAAACCUUUUGCUUUUGGUUGGCUUCAGGAUCCUGAUAAAAACGAUUCUGUCAUCUUAUUUAACAACUCUGCCUUUCACAAAAGUUUAGAAUACCGACAGGGCAGCAAAUAUGUUUAAGUGAUUUUAUUCAAAUGUCAGAUUUAAUUAAAUCCAUAACCAGAAGACAGGCCAAAAAGACAUUGCCAGGGAGCUUUGGAAUUUUCCAUUUUCUUUUCUUUGUGUGUGUGUGUGUGUGUGUGUGUUCAAGGUGAUAACUAUAGAGUAAAACCUUCCCAAGCCCAUGCAAAUACAAGCAAGGACAUUUAUCAUAAGAAUAUAGCACUGGAGACAGAAAUGACUCUUAACAUUGUACGCUUUGAGUGUGAUGAUUAGAAAAUGUAUAUAUUGAAGAGUGCGCAACAUACUGCACAGGGUGGUUAUUUGAGCUGAGACUGGAAUGUGUGUGUGUGCACGUACACAUGCUACUUACAGUCAGGUUUCUGUGAUCAUUCAGGUGUGCACAGGUGUUCUGAUGGAGAACCAGGUUAUUAGGCCCUUAGUAAGCAGCACAGCAUGGCAAAAGAAACCAUUGUGUCUCCAAACUAUACCUAAGUUGCUUGUAAUUGGUUCAUUCCACCUAGUAUAACUGGACUUUUUCACUUGUAAAGGGAACAGUUGAAAAGAAAUGUGAAAGAAAAGUGAUUGGAUAAAAUCUUAAAAGCAGGAAGGAUCAAGAAAGAUCCCCAGAAGACCAUCACUGGCCUGGAGCCCCCCAUUUCAGGGUCCGGCAUUUGUACUGAUUAUGGCCUGGCAGCUCUUGAGUUUCCAAUGAUAACAGCCAUCUGACUUGAUCGGAGUUCAAUGGAUUUUCACUAAAAUAGAAUCAUCGCCUUGGUGAUGGAUAGAAAAAGUAAAGCAAUACAUCCUGAUAAAUGCUCUGCCUGCCUCCUUCUUCUCCCCGGCGAUGACCUUGCACAAUCCAUAAGAGAGCAAGGCUCAGAGCCCCGGCCACGCCGCUGCACGUCGGGACGUGGAAAUUUAAGUAGCUCUGAAACCCAUCAAUGGGGUGAAGGGGGAAUGGCCCGAGAAAGCAAUGGAUCAUGCUUAGAGGGCUCCGAGGAAGCAGGGUACGCUGAAGGUCAGCGUGCUGCCAAGUCCUGCUGGGACAGCUCAAGCCCUCAUUCUCAUUCACGGGAGGCGGUGGCCCUGGGAGGCAGAUGAGCAGAAGAGUACAAUAAAGCAGGGAUCCUCAGAGCAUAUCCUUUCUUCUCAGAUGUGAAAGGCACCAGAGAGUGGUGCAGCAUAAUUGGAAACUUGGAGCACGAGGGUGCCGGCUCCAGUCUCUUUCUGAGGAGCAGGGAGCAGGCUUGCUCAGGUGCUUACGAAAGCUGGAGGAUAACGAAAUAAAAAGGAAGUUUAUUUUGGCUAAAAAAAAAAAAGUUUGAAAUCUGUGCAUCAAAAAGUACUUCAAAAAAUCAUGAAAAACACAUAUUGUAUUAAAACUAUGAAUUUCAAGUUUUUUAACACCCAGACUAACACCUUUUAGCUGUAUUUUCCAUGGAUUUUUAAGUACCCUUUACAAGGAGAUCCUUAGCCGUUAAUUACUAUGUCUGUCUUCCAAGUUUCCUAACCCAUUUACCUUAGCCAACGGUGAAUAUUUUGAACAAUAUUGAUCAUCAGUAACAUAAAGACAGCUCACUAGAACAAGGCAUCCAGGGAGCUCCCAGACCAGGGACCCCACACACCCCCACCCCAGUCUGGGCCCCAUGUGCUUGACUGGUAGAGAAGUUUCUGGGAUGUUGGAAGGAGGAAGAAGUUCCAUGUUGGCAGGCACCCAUUAGUAUUGGUUACAACUUGCUAAAAGAAAUUAUUAAAAUAAAAAUUAGAUCAUAAAUUUGGAGCCACAGUAACCAAGCCUAAAGUGCAAAUUGCCAAACAAGUCAAGAGACUCAUUAGCAUUUUAUGUAAAUCAGUUAUUACUGUUCUCCACUUCCUUAAUUAUCCAUGUUAUUUCAAUACAACCCUUUCUUUGAUGUCCCAAUUCUAUAUUUAAAUAGUGCAAGAUUUCUAUCGUAUCCUCCCGCAGAGGUUUGUGCCAUGCAAAAAACAUGCCAAGAGCAGCUAUUUUAGAGACUACAGGGAAAUGUUUAAUUGGUUCAUCCCAUUUGAGUUAUGAGGGCAUAUUACUGAGCACAUAAAAUCAGAAACAUGGAAAGGACUGGCUUGGAGAAGUUUACUAAAACCUGCAAGAGACCGCUUGAAAUUUUGCCCCCAAGACUUUUUGGAUUCUCAAUGGGAGCUGAUUCAAAGGGAAAUUUUGCAAACUUCAUUGAAUUUUACUAAACGAUUGAUUUAUAAUUGAAAUAUUUGGAAAUAAAAUCCAUCAGCUCUUUUUCUUUUGGUGCUGAGAGUUAUUCUUUGAUUGGAUGAGGAACGCAGCACAUAGGUGAUGGAGAGACAGAGGAAUGUGGGAUAAGAAGAGGGGAGGGAGGUGUUCUGAUCCAGCUCUUGUUCAGUGAGUUCAUCCUUCCUGGAAGAAUCCCCUUCACUUAUUUGAAGAAUAAUUUUACUGAUUUCUUAUUUUCAAAUUAUCUGAAAUUGAAAAAAAAGUUCACAAGUUGCAGGUAAAUGAGUGGCCUUUCUCUAUUAAUGUAUGCUUUUGAAAUAGCAAUGUGGCCACCAAGAAAUUAAUAGUAAUGAGGGCACUUAACAAAAUCUGCAGAAAAUGGAAUUAAAAAUAAGUUUACUUUAGGACAAAAAACUUUUUGAAAGCCAUGCAAAGUUUCUUCAUUAAUACACAUUUUCCAUCAACUAUUUGCCUACCUUUAUACUUACUAUUUUCUCCUAGCAAUGGGUCCCAUACUCUUAGCCAUCUGUCUUUCUCUCAUUGCUUACUGCUGUAUAAACUGUUUUUCAAUAGAUUGUAAAAAAGCAAAAGAUAGGGAGAGUCUUUGAACAGGAUUUGGAACUGGGACUGAAGUAGAAGGACAUCUAUUCUUCCUUUAUAUUGUUUCAACAGUCACUGUAUCAGAUUUCUUCCUUUUUUUUUCCUAGAGGAGCAAAUCUGAGGUAAAGCCAGUGGCAAUGUAGGAUUUGAAGACAAAACCAAGUUCAAGACCAUGCUGCUUGUUGCAUAUAGCCUUGUCUAGUUGUUUACCCUGAGCCUCACUUCAACAAAAUGUGGCUGACAGUGCUGACACUGAAGGGUCCUCAUGGAGAUCUGCGUUAAUACUUUCAGACGGUUGAGUGUACAGUAGGUGCUCAAUAAAUGACAAGCUUGAACGCCUGCUGUAGGCCAGGCACUGUUCUAAAUGUUUACAUAGAUGAUUAGACAAUCAUAUUAAGUCUGUAAACAUUUAUCAAAGUAAGUCGGAUUAUGGCUACACAUGUUUAACAGAUAAGGAAGGUGGGAUGUCUGGAGGUAGAUGACUUAACCGAGGUCACAAGGAGUUUUAGUCCAGAAAUUCCCUAAGUCAGAGGAAUGUUUUAGACAAGAACCUUCCGAUGUUAGUAAACUUAAUACUAGAUGGUUAAAGGAUUAAAAAAAAAGUGUCCAUCAUACCUUUUAUGUAUCUCAAGAAAUAAUAUUUACAGAAAACUCAUCUCUGUUGACUGGAAUACUUUGAAUAUUUCAUCUGCUGUACUGGUCAUUUAUUUAACAAAUACUUAUAUGGGCCUUGCCACAUUCAGGACAGUCUUCUAAGCACUUAAAACUAAUAACUUAUUUAACAUUUCACAAAUAUUUACUUUAUUCACAAGCAUGAGGGUCUCAGUGAGGGUCCCCAGCUACUCUGAGGCAGGGUCCCUCUUACCUCACACUCUCGGGUGCCACUGGGCACUAGCUCACAGGUGCAGCUUUUAAAAAUAAAGUGAAUCACAUGUUUUAAAAGCAAAGUUUUUUUUUUUUUUUUCGAAUCAUGACAUACUCAUAGAAGAUCUGGAAAAUCUAAGAAGUUUUAAAGGUGAAAAAGAAAUGUUAAAAGUCUUUGCAGUCCUAUCAAAUGUUGUUACCUUCAAACUGAGAGUUCAGUGGAUAAGGAAAGCAGAUGCUGUAGUUACAGGGGCGUUUCCCCCACUGUGCUUGUUUUGAGAGAGUAUUUUAGAAGUACCUACUCCACAAUCAAAACUGGGCAAUAGCUGGACAGAGAGCCACCAGGGAUCCAAAUUCCCAGGUCGGUAUCUUCUCUAUACCUUGCUGCCUUACUCUCUAUGGACAUAAAACGAGCAUCAGCCGGAACAUUUCCUCCAUAACCCCAUUCCCUGCACCCCCCAAAAAACCCCACAAUAAAGUAGCAUGCCCCCAUCUGCAAAAGAGGAGGGUCUCAGCUGCCGUUGCCCCUUCUGUCUCUGAGCUGCCCUCCCACUCGCUUGAGCCCCGACAAUGUGAACCGUUAGCAGCCCUCAGUAUUUGAUUACGCGUCCGAACAGCUUCUGUCGCCCUGACUGGUGGGUGUCAUCACCAGCAAAGCGCAUUGUUCCUACUCCAAAAGUCUACAGUCUAAAAUCAUCAUCAUGUAUUUUCAUCAGGAUGAAAUAUCGGGCUCUCUGCUCAGUGCAAGGUUUUAUUAAUGAUGUGCUGUCAGGGGCUGGAUGUUCUGCAUAUUUGCAUAUUAAACAGCUGAGUGAAGAAACAUUCCUUUUAUUGCUGCAGGGAAUAAAUCAGUUUAAAGCAAGUUCUCAUCAUUUAUACUCCUUUCAGCUAAGUCUUCUUUUAUUGAAAUAAAUUGUUGAAGUGCUUUGCUCAUUCUUUGAAUACUGAUGAAAUUUACCUUGAUAGGACCUCAGGAAAAAUAAUAUUUUCUUAAAGGUGCAGUAUUGUUCCAUUUUUGAGUAUUACUUUAAUACAUUAUUGAUAAGUUAAUUUAGAAAUAUCAAGUGAAAGGGGAAGAAAAACUGUUUAGAAUAAAGAUGGUGUUUUCUCUGGUUGAUUUUGCCAAAUGCAUUUUUAUUGGUAGACAGCAAGCAAAUAGUAAUAAUAAAAAGAACCAACAAGCAACAAAAGGAGAAUUUUUUUGAUGCCUACAUACUUAAAAGAUAAUUCAUGGUCUACUUCUGCAUUCAAACCCCAAUGGGCAGAGCAUUCCUUCCAUACACAAAGACCCUGUGUUCACCAGAGUCCAGACUUUGCAGUCCCCUGAGCAGGCACAGGAGAGGGCACAGGCAGCAGGGCUCAGGGGCAGGGGUAAGGUGACUGUGAGAACAGGAUCUUGCCACAUGUUUUGGGUUCCUCUGUUAACUCAUCACCUGCUCUCCAUGCCUGAGCUUGAAAACUGACUACUUGCACCAACUGUGUCCUGAAAACACUUUUAAAAAAAAGAAGAAAAAAGUCCUAUCUAAAAUUUUGGAAAACCUUUAAUUGCCUACUGUCAUGUUUCAAAUUAGAAGAUUUUACAUAAAAACCAGAUUUUCAGCCUCUCUUGACAAGAUGCGUGCCUAUGUGGCACGUGUCUGCCUUAGGGAGAGAGGUCCAUGCAGAUGCCGGCAGUCUCCUCCACUCCCUGUUCUGUUGUACCCGGUCUUAGCCUCUUAGCGCAGUGACUUUUUCUCUCCCUGAUCUAUACCCUUUCUUGAGCUGAUGGACGCUGUUAUAUAAAGUGCUCGGGUAGUGCGUGGCAUGUAAUAAGUAUCCAGUAGGCAUUAGCUGUUAUUAAAAUAGAUGAAACUUGGAAACUGAGGGAAGUCGGUGAAGUAAAGGUUUUAUUUCCUUUAUGCUAUCCUUCCAAGUAUAGAACGGAGCAUUUCUUAGGCCUACAAUUUCCUGCCAUCCAAAUUAAUUUUCUUUCUAAAAAAUGACCUCCGCUCUUGCAAAUUUUCGCCCAAAUAUCCCCUUUGCAGGGAUGCCUUCUUUGUCCACUGUGUAAAUAGCACAUUUCUUCCUGAAUUCUGCCCUCCCUAACUCUCUUCCCAGCUUUAUGUGUCUCUAUAGCGUGUAUCACCACCUAGCAGACACCAGUUCUCUGUUUCAUCCACUUGUGAGCUGUCACACUCCCCUGGCCCCCACAGGACAGUAAGUGCCGUGACAGCUCAGGGUCUUGUCUGUUCUGGUCCCUGCAGUGUCCUCUGUUAGCAAUGUCCAUGCCUGGUCCUUAGUAGAUAGAGUUCAUGCUUAAUAACGCUUGAGUGGAUGGAUUUGGUUUCGACAGCUUGUAUACAAAACUGUCUAUAGAAAUUUGGUGAAACAAAUAUUCACUUGAGUGGCUGGGCGCAGGGCCGUGGGCUGGCUGCAGCAGGAAAAUGUGGGUGAGGCCGAGAAUCGGUGCUUAGGACGCUGAGGCCACAUGAAGAGUCCACGCCCAAGCAUGUUAAGAACUGAGACGUGCUUCCUCAAACUAGAAGAGAUACAGGUAAGGAUCCAGAAAUUGGGAGAAUGGGUGGAAGCUUGGAGGAUAAGGAAGGCGUACUGAGGAAGACUGGGUCUGAGAUGAGCCUGGAGGAACUUGAGGAUUUGGAGUGAGUGCUAGAAGGGAAGCCUGACCGUGCAUGUGACUCACCCGAGGUUACGUGCUCCACUCUCUUGCCCUCCCUGAAUCCUCAGAGCAACCCAUGAAGGGUCUUUGUUCUUCUCAUGUUAGCCUGGACGUGGCUGAGGCUCAGAGAGCUAAGUCACCUGCCCUGGGUGACUCUGUGUGCUUCCAAGUGGGCUUGGCACAGAAAGUGAGUUAAGUCUGGUCCUACACCUGUUUCCCCUGUACCAGGAUCCUCCUGUUCCAUUGGACCUGGAAGAGAGAACAGGGAUAAGCAAGUGCCAUCCAGUUUCUAGAAUCUCAGGAUUGGCCCCUGGCGGAGCUGAGCCUGCUGCCGUGACUGAGUGGAGGCACUAAGGUAUCCUGAGUGUGGAGGUGGCUGGGGGAGGACCACGUCCCCUAGCCUGCUGUGAGAGGUGGAGGGUGCUAAGGCAUCUGAGACCUCUAGUCCCCACUUGAGAUGGCGGUGCACACUGGGUGGAGCCUAGAGAAGUGGACUGGCCUCAGGGAGUUUACAGUAAGGCAUGUGUAUAACAUCCGUGUGAGCUUUUUUUUUUUUUUUUUUUUAAAUCUGGAAAGAGAAACAGUAGAAAGCUCCUAUAGGAGUGCUCGCCAGGAGGAGCAUUGUUUCCUUAUAAAUCAUUUGUGACAGAAGCUUCUUAUUUUUAAGUGGAAAAUGCGCAUUUAAUAACAUGAGAAUGAUGUUCAAACAUCCUUUCACUGGUGGCUGCCAAAGACUAGUGCCACUGCUGCUGCCUGGAGAUGGAGGCCCGCACACACCUUACAGAGGCCCUAGGGUCACUGCUGUCACCACUGCCAUUGCCUGGCAGACCUCUGGACCACAGCUUCCCUAGGAUUCUAUAAUGACAGCCGAAUGCUUUCGUGCCUGGUAAAUCCCUGAGUAAAAGCAGUCCUGGCUUAGGACCCCAACCCUACCACUAGCUGGCUGUGUGUCCUUGGGCUCACGGUUUUACAUCUGUAGCCUCAGUUUUCCUGUUUGUAAAAUGGUGACAGCAUUGGGUUGCACCCUCAUAGGCUUAAGAGUUUAAAGAGGAGAUGCCAUCCAGAACUGGGCUAACAAAUAAUUAAGGUAGCCAGUGUCCACUAGGUGCUAUUUGAAGUUAAAUGAAUGGAAGUUUAAGUAAAAUUUACAGUCAGCCCAUGAGUCACACAUUUCAAGUGGUCCAUAGCCACAUGAAUGGCUAGCACAGUGGGUAGCACAGGUACAGAAGGUGGGUCAAUGUUCUACCGGACAGUGCUGGUUCGGUGUUUGGCACGGAGCACACUCCCUGGGUUCUUAGUUUAAUUCACAUCGAACUGUAAAGAAAUGAAAGGAAGCAUCCUAGCCUAUUGAGUCAGAGCAGUUUUAAACUGGGGUUGGUACCAUCCAGAUGUCUGUCUAAACACAAGCAAGGAAGGAAGCAGGAUUGGCAGUGCAGGGCUCUGCCCAGUAGAGUCUCUGGGGACACGCUGAGUUCUGCAGGCUCCUGAUCCUGAUCUCAGGGGAAUCCUGCAUUACAGGUGUUAACCUGAUUAGCCCAAGCCUGGCUCCUCGUUAAUUACCUGAAGUGGAUAGGACAGUUUCCAACACUCAGCACAAACCCUCGCGUGUUGCCUCGGCCCCUUUUUACUUAUUUGGCCUUGGAAGUUGCUCGCUAAGUCAGGGUUUCUUUUUUAAACUUUGGUUGUUCUGAGAAGUCCCUGAAGGGUCUCUUAAAAGACCAUUCCUGGGCCUCACCCCUAUUUCUCUAGGUCCAGCUUGGGGCUCAGGAUUCUGCUUUUCUACGAAGCUCCCAGGUUUCACAGAUGCUUCUCAGGCGUGCUUGGGGCAGUCCUCUGUUGAAGCUCCAAUUCCUUCAGUUAUGAGCAUUUGUGCUGCAUGCCCAGAGUUAUUGUGAGGUUUGAGAAGCCAAGUAUGCGAAGUUACAGCCAGUGACACUGCAGGUACUCAGCAAGUAGCAUUUUCUCUUAUUAUUUUUUAUUGUUUUCACACCCACCGAUCAUGAUCAACUAAACAUGCUUGAUAUUUUUCAUGUGGACCUGAUCUACUAUGGCAUCAUCUACCAUGAAAUAACUAUUUUGGCUUGAAAGUAGCAAAGAGCUUUGGGACUUAAAGUCAUUCUGGUCUGGCGAGGAUGAAUGUAUCUCCAUGUGUACUAGGGAUGGCUCUCUAUUCAGUCGUAUCAGUCAACUUUCAUCACCAUAAUAAGAGACUUGAGGUCGCCUAACUUUAUAAAGAAAAGAGAAUUGUGUAGGUCACUGUUCCAAGAUUGGGGAGACCCACAUUGGUUCAGUCUCUGAUGGUUUUCUUGCUGGCAGAGUGCCAAGGUGGUGCAGACUCUCUCAUGGCAAAGGGCAGGGAGUGCGCAGGUCUCUCUGUCCCUGAUAAACCCAACAGGAUUGUUUCAGAGGGCUCCACUCGAACAAUCUCAUCACUUCCCUAAGUCCCUACCUCUAGAUACCACAGUUGGGUGAAGUUUUCAUCCUCUCGGUACCAGUAGGUUAAGAUUUUGAGGGGACCAAAUUGCAUGAGUUUCAGAGUCGAAUCACAUUCACACUGUAUUGUUGGAUAAUUUGGAAGCCAUCCUGCUUGCAUCACCCAUUCGUCCACAGCCUGGGAUGAAAGAUAGUGCCUUAAUGUUUACUAGGAAAAGAACAGGUGUUUAAAUGUACCUGAUACCUUUGCCCAAGGCAAAGUCGUCAUUUGUCAGACAUGUGCUUUUGAGAUUGAGCAUCAACUUGAAGGGAUAGAAACCUUCCGCGAGUGAUGAUUCUGUGAGGAUGAUGUUUCUGUCCUAGAGUUAGAAUUCUUAGCAAACAGAUCUUUAGGGUGAUCUGAUAGAUAACUUUUAGUGGGGUAGGAAAAUUAAGUCAUUGGAAAUCUGAGGUCCAAGUCUAGAUGCCACCAUCUUUUGUUCCAUGCCUAGGUCAUCCUACAUUCCGUCUCCAGUUUCUAUACUCUCAGCUGAGGACCAAGUGCCAAGCAGUACUUGCUCUCAUUUUUUUAAAACCUUUGACAAGCCACAGUCUUCAAGGCUUUAAGUGAGCUUUGAUGUUAAAUAUACAAUGACAGUGAUGAGAUGUGAGGAGCCUUGGAGUGUUUAAUAAUUGGGCUCCUUUGGUUUCAAGGAACAGUCAUACUUGGGCCACCUCUUCUUAAAAAAUGUUACUUGUAGGAGAAAAGGUUGGCAAGCUCAGGCAGUGAGGCAGUUUCAGGUGCCUGUCUGCCAAGAUUCCCUCUUGUACCACUGAUAGGUUCUUUCUCUCACUGGCAUCUUUUGCCAUUGCCAGAUUUAUCCACUGUUCCCUCUCAGUUUUGGGUCCUCUGUGCUCAUGACAUCCUCAUGGUGUCUUUUCACCCAUCAGCUAUCCUGGCUUCAACAGAAUUUGAGUCUGUUUUUCAGGGGAAAUAUCACAUGGGGAUCUUUUCCAUUGGUAAAUUACAAACCAGAUGAGAAUUAACUUUCCUUGGCUCAGGUGUAAAGAUGUUUGUUUAGCUAUGCUCAGAAUGGAAAAGGGAGCUGUGUCAUGUGAUACAAAACAAGCCCACCUAAGUGGGAAUGCCCACGGACCACAGGAGCUUUGCUUCAGAGAGCAUGUGAGUGGGCAGUGGUAGCUGGUUUUGCAGUCCUGGGCUAUUGGAAUUGGAAUGACAACUGUAGCAUGUUGAGUCAGAUCAGGUCCAGGAUCUCUCUCCACUCCAUCCAUGUGCAGUUGCCUGCAAUUUAUUACAGGAUCUUAACAUGAUGCAAGCAGCUCAGGUGGCUUUUCCCAGCCACAGUGUGCCUUGAGUUGGAGAAGCCCCGUGGGGCCUCUCCAAAUCCUUCCUGCUAAAGGCUGGCAAGAGUUCUCUCCUAAGUAGCUGGCAUUGAGGGGAUGGGGGAACCAGUUGCUGUCUGAGAUUAAUCUCAAUUCUAGCUGGUUUGGACUAUAAAUGUAACAGGCCACAUUAUGUUGAACUGUAAGAGGUGUCAUAGUUGUCACCUAUGCACUUCUCUUUGUUUGCACAUAGGUUAUAGCAGGGGCAGUUAUAUCUUCAAGAACAAGGAGACAGGAAGCAAACUGACAGUUCACUCCUCUCACAGCUGGAACAUAGAGAUCCAUCGUGUGAACCAGAAACCUGGCAGUACAUUACAUGUUAAGCCAAUGUCUGCAGAGACACAUCCUGGGCCUCCUUUGAGAGUGUUCUUUAGAUUUUUAUUCGGGGCAUCCUUUGACACCAGUCUGCGGAGGGGACUUUUUUCUCCUUGGUGACUGUUGGAACAUGGUCCACCCCCUGAGAUAUUGCUGUAGAGCCCGCUGGGGAGUCCACUCCUCCCUGCAGCAGGAUGACGGGUCAGAGUUUCCAUUCUCAUUUUAUGACCCUGGGAGGGAUGAGAGAGAUCUAUGAGGUCAUCUUGUGUGUCCUCUGCCAGGGUAGGAUUGUUCUCUAAUGGUGUAGUCAAGCAUUUGCUCCAUCUCAUUUCAAAUGACUCAAGUGAUAAGGCCCUGGGACCUCCCUUGGGAAGCUGUUCUGCAGUCUGAUAACUCUCGCUGUAUGAAUUUUUUUGUAUGUGUCUAAUAUUCGGAGUCCAGCAUGACAAGACUAUAAAGACAAAGUCUCUUUAAGAUAGUUCUUCACCCAGGAAUGUUCUCAUAAUCACCACUUUUGUUAUAAAUCUUCAUCCAGCAUGGCAGUUAAGUGCAAGUUACAAGUAGACCAAGGGACUAUUUAGCCUAAAAUGCAAGAAUAGCCCCUCAAAUGAGAAUUAAUGCUGAAAAUCUAUACAGCGCACCAGCGGUAUGUGCACACAGUGACUGUUCCGUGUGUGCUAUUUCACAGAGCCUUAUGAGCUUAGCUUAUGAGAUGCUGAAUACAAAAGCAGAGAGCUUCUGCUGUUGAAUGCUUAGGAAGGAAAUCGUAUCUUUCCUCUUGGAAACUGCUCUGAAAAUUGCACCUCAUCCUCCUUGCCAAGGAAUGAGGUCUUAGCCUCGCAUUUCUUCCACGCUGGAUCUGUCUGUAAUCUUGCUCUCUAUUGAGAGCCUGGUAGGAGGCUAAUUAUUACUGAAGGGAAGAAAGAAACAAAAUUAAAAAAAAAAAAAAAAGCAAGAGACAAGGAGGAAGGGCAGAGAAUAAAAGAAAUAAAAAAUGGAAAUGCAAGUAAAACAAAAGGGAGGAAAGGAAGAAAUAAAGGGAGUGAGAUGAAGAAGGGAAAGAAAAGAGACUGGAAGAUCCCAGAGACCCUGGAAUCUACAGACUGGGGAAGACAUUCACACCAGAAGUGCCCCUAGAAGUUUUUCACCUUCUGGAUUCUUCCUUUGCUGCAGCAAUCUGAUUCUCAAAGUGCAGCUCCCACUCCAGCAACCUCAGUGUCACCUGGGAAUUUUGUUAAAAAAGCAGAUUCUCUGAUUCCACAUCCUGAAGUGGAAAUCCUGAGGCUGGGAUACAGCCAUUUGUGUUGCCCAGGCCCUCCCGUGGAUUGUGGUGCACACACAAGCUUGAGAAUGGCUGCUGCAUGUUUUUUUGUAGCUUCACACAGUCUGCAGAAGGAGCCCUGCGUUUGACAUGGGUGUUACCAGGGGACACAGCUGCCCGUUAGCUCUGUGUCUAAAAGAGACAGAGGUUGAUGGGCAGAUACUAUUUACUCUGGCCAGAAGACAGGCUUCAUGUCUGAAACUCACCCAGGAAGGCAAAAUCCUCUUUUUCAUAUAGCACUUUUCUCCUGGCUGCGUCUGACUUGACGUGGUGAUAAUGCACAGGCACCGUAUCUAAGCAGCAGCGGCCUGAACUGUGCAAGUGAAGUGGAGCAUCAGGAUGUAUAGAUCUCAGUCCUUAUGUUUCCCCAGUUGACACCUCAUGGCCAACGAGAGAAUAGGACUCAUUAAGGAGUUUAUUUUCAUCUUUAUUUUGUCAUUUAAAACACACUUUUCCAAUGAGAGUACUGACGAUAUGAAAGGUUAUCCAUUGAAUAGCCAUCCAAAUUAGCACUGUUUCAUUUACAUCCCAUUCCCACAGUUCUCUUGUCUUAACUCACGAUAUAACAAUAAAUCCAAGUUUCUCUAAGUAGAUAUUGGAAGUAUGAACCCAACAUUCCUGUGAUACAAUUUUUUCCUGUGAUACAAUUAUACCUUAAAAAUCAAAGUCCUCGUAUCUCACAGGUCAUUUCUUAGGUUAAAGGAGUGCACUUAUGAAAGGAGGAGGAUGGAAAACAUGAAAGUCCCCCUUCAUUUUCAACAUGGACUCCAGUUGUCUUAAGGAUCUGUUCUAUUGCAUGCUGAUAAAUAUUUAUCACGGUUAAGUGAACAAUCAUUUGGAGACAGAUACCAUUUUAUGAUGCAGCUUCUCAGGGUCCUAAUUGUGACUGUGCCUUGUCAUUUUGUGUUUUAUCGGAACAUGCAAACAUACACUUCAUGAGGUUGGGUAAUGAAGAGAGAGACCCCAGUAAACAUCUUUGCUGAGAGUGAAGGAAAUCUGUAGCUCAGCAUGCCCAGUGAGCACAGCCUCUGUACACAACACAGGGCAAGUGGUUCAUCGCUCAGUUAGACCUAACUGGCUUCAUUUUUAGGCAUUAUGUUAUUCUAAAUUAACACUAUAUUUCAUAUUCUGCAGGUCUGACUAUUAACCAGAUUUUGGAACCUUCAGGGUUUAUUAUUUAGUAAUCCCUGAAGCUCUCAAGUAGGCAUUUUUAAACUCAUGUAUUAGAAUAGAUUAAAAAUCAGCUGGAAAGGCAUGUUAAAUAUUCUACUUUUUUGGUGCUAAUUAUGCUAGAAGAAAAAAACAAAAUGCAAGUGAGGUCAGUUCUGGGAUGGUACAAAUGAACCUGCUACCUGGACUGCUGUUCUUUGUCAUGGAAAUCGGGGUUAUUUAAAUUAGAGAAAAAAUUUGGAAAUCUCUGGAGAAUGUCACACAUUCAUGCACUUGGACUAGGAAUUGUUAUUUUUUCUUUAUAUUUUAAAGUUGUGUGCAAUAGGAAUAUAUGUUGAAAGUAAACAAGAAAAAAAUUUAUGAAACUUCCACAGGCAAAGGUGACAAGACAUACAAAUACUUUGAAAAUGGUGAUGAGUUAAGCCCUAGAAAACAUGGCUGUGUUUCUGUUGCACCCUUUUCAUUAUUAGUUAUUAGUCAGAAAUGGGGUACUUUUCAAAGCAUCCUAAUUCACAGAGAUCACUCGCGAUCAGUCAGUCGUCAUGUCAGUUUCUCCAGCUGUUUUAGAGCAGGACUCUCGGGCUCCCCACUUAACAACUCACUUCCUUUCUUUUCCCUUUUCCUGCCUCUCUUGCAUAUGAAAUCACUGUAUCUGGAGAACGGGGAAUCUGCCCCACAGCGAGUACUUUGCCCCUCCUGUGUGCCAUCUGCGCAGCUGUCCUUCCUGUGUUGCUUGCGUCCUGCACUCCUCCCUCUGGCUGCUGCUGCUUAACCAGGGACGAUUUUGCUGCCAUAGGAUAUUUGACAGAAUCUGGUGGCAUUUUGGUUGUCAGACCUUGAGGGAGUGACAAAGAGUGAGGUGGGGCAACUGGCAUCUGGUGGGUAGAUACCAAGGAUGCCACUGCAAGUCCUACACCCCCCAGCACGCACGCGUAUACACACACAUACACACUCCACUACACCACCAAAGAAUCCUCCAGCCCCAAACGUCAGUAGUGCCCUGUAGAGAAACCUGGUUCAGGCCACAGCUGACCAUUGGAAAGUUACCCCACUGUGUUUAGCACACACUGCAAACCAUCUGCUUGCCUUGCAUUUCUGUUUGCCGAUUCCUGCACACGGCCUCUAAAGCGCUUGAGCAUCAUGUCUCUUUGAGAAGUCUUUGCUAAGUGCCAGAGUAUCCUCUGGCUUCUUCUGCCCUCCCUUCUCUCCCUGACCAAGUCUGUGUCCUUGACCAAACUUUAGUUAGGCCCCUUUGAGGCCCCUUCUCAGUUAGGCUUUGACCUUGGAGCCCUGUCCUUGCUGCAUUUUCAUAGCCGGGUCUUAGCAAGAUUCCUGCUAAGCCACUUUGGAGAGAAUCCCCUACCAUUUAUGUGUGCUCAUCCUGGCCUUCUUUGAGCAAGCAUCCCAUUACAUUAGUCAAGAUUGAGUCCCCUGCCCUUGGUAUUUCCUCUUCAUAACUCCUUUUGCUAUACCUUCACCCCCAUUCUGCUCCUUGGUUGUAAAUUCUCAGCCAUCUUUACUAUAUUCAGAGCUGAGCCCUGUUUUUCUCUCCCAUUGCUAUAACCUUGACCCUAUUGCAAAAGUCCUGAAUAAGGCCUUCUUCUCUAAAUCUUUGUCACUACAUUGCCAGCUCUUGAAGGGUCAGGAUCCUGUGUUGUCUGAAGCAAGAUAUACAGUGUGCAUGGUGGUCACAGAAGAAAUGUUUGUUGAAUGAAUAUUUAAAAGCAUUCAGCAGACACAGGAUGCAUACCUGAAUGUAUUCAUAGCCUCAAAUUCAAAAGGAUACUCCUGGCCCGGUUUUUCGUGUUCUCCCUUCCUGUAGGCAUUUUCCAGUUUCAACCGAGAUGCAUGUAUGAAUAAACUUCUACCAUCGCAUCUCUGAAUUAUUUAAGCAGUGCCCGUGGUUCUGCAUAAACUGUACAGUAGAAUGUAUUGCGUAUGUGUAUAUUUCAAGAGCACCCGUCAGCCUACUGAGGAUAGCUUGACAUUAUCUCUUAGCGCCGCAUCAAUACUUGGGGAUUUUCAAAUACUGCAGGUGGCUGAAGCCUUUGUGUUGAGGUUUCUGUCGGCACUGUGUGUAAAACCAGGCCUCAAUCUAUAUGUCCAACGCCAUGCCUAGACCCUCUUUGAUAAUCCCCGCUAAGCAGACACACUCAAUAAAACUUCACUAAUGGGUUCUGACUUCAUAAAAUGUACUAAUGACUUCUUUUUGAAAGUAGGAGUGCUUUGAAUACAAGUCUUUAUUGCUUUAGAAGUUCAUAAAAGCAAAAGCAUCCUGUUUUCCCUGGUGUUGGUUCAACAGGGGAGUGGACAGCCACCAGAGGCCUCGUUUCUGGCUGUGCUUCCGUUGUCUGUGAUUGCACAGUUCCAGCUGCCUCAUGGGCAGGAGCUGUGUCCGGUUGUCAGUCCUGUCCACCUCAUUUUGGUGAACGCUUAACUUGCAAACAGCUUACAAUCAUUUCCUUUUCAAAAGAGCUUCCCCAAAGCAAAGAUGCCAAAGAAAAACCAUUA